UAGAUCUCUGCAUCUCCAGUGCUGGGUGUCUGGAGAACCAGCCUGUGCUGCCCAUCACAGCUCAGCCAUGGGGCCAGCCCCACUCCUCUGUGCCUUGACUGUACUCUCACUCACAGCUCCAGUCAUAUCGGACCCGUAAGAUUUUAAUUUUCCAUUUCUCUUUGCUCAGCCAGUUUCAUAGUGGAAUAGGAGUGCAGACGGGCACAAAAACUUAAGGAAUAUGAGGAAAUGGCAAAACUUACCUGAAGAAUAAGAAAUCAAGAUAACAAACUCUUUAUAAAAGAAUGGAAAUGGUUUAUUGAAUAUUUGCAGAUAAAUUGUAAACAGAUAAAAACAUUAGCAGUGUUAUUGUAAUAACCUGCAGUUUCACGAGAGUGUAUAUUUAUAGCAGACAAUUAAAGGAGUAACUUAAAUGAAUUUGGAUAUGCAGAAGAUAUGAAAUAAUAAAUUUAAGGAACCGCAGAAAGAGGGGGGAGGGAAGCCAAAUUUUGAAAUGUUAAAUGGAUUGUAAAGUUAAUGAGAUGUAUAAAUUUGAAAAGUAUAAAUAAAAAACUAAAUAGAAAGAAAGAAUGCAGAUGGGCACAUGGGGCUGAGAGUGACAAUGCUGAACUCCCUUUCAUAUGUGGGUCGCAUUGGCUCAGGUUAUCUUCCGCACAGAGGCAGAUUUUAGAGCACUUUCAGGCACCGGGUUUAAAUUGACUUGUUGAAUUGCUUUGAAUGGAGAACCUCCAGGUAUUCUGCUCCCAGGCAUGCAGCUCUGUUUUAUGCACGUUUACUCAGAAACAAUUUCCACUGAAUGACAUAGAAGUCUGCUUGUUGCUGGAGCUAAUUCUAUAGCUUAACUGUAUGCUGUGGGGAGUUAUUUCUUGCAACAUUCAGCUCCGUUGGGUUCUAGGAGAAAACUUUCCCCACACCAUACAUAAUCUAAACUAAUCUCCUGCCCCAAUUUUGUGACUUUCCCUCAUGCCUAACCUUUAAGCUGAGCCUGGAUAGCUCAGGUGGUUAGGGCAUGAUGCUGAUAACACCAGGGUUGCAGGUUUGAUCCCUGUGUGGGGCAGCUGCGUAUUCCUGCAUUUUGGGGAGUUAGUCUAGAUCAGGGGUUGUCCACCUGGUCCCUACCGCCCACUAGUGGGUGUUUCAGGAUUCUAGGUGGGCGGUAGGGGGUUCUCUACAGCACAAGCUGAAUCCUCCUUCCAUUCAGGGUGGAAAUUUUACCAUCAAGAAAGAUGGAUUAGUAAGCAGUAGGUAUAAAAAGGUUGACUACCCCUGGUCUAGAUGAUCAUCAGGGUCCCUUCCAGCUCUAAUUCUUCCAACUCUAAUUCCAAUUCUAUAAUUCUAAUUUAUCUGCCACACCCUGCAGCUGCCCAGGAGAAUUGCAUCCCUCACCCAAUGACAAAAAAAGUUUUUAUUUUAGGUUGUUUUGUUUGUUUGCUUCAGUUUAUUGUUUGGCCAAAGGCCUUAGCAAUUACUGAGUAAUGUCCCCCCCCCCGCCCCCGAUAAGGGACUGUAACGUAAUUAAAAUCUUGGCAGGGAGACAAUGACACUUGUAAUGUGAAAUGAACUUUGGUAUCCAUGAUUAUAUAACAGAUGGAUAACGGUAAAAGAAAAAUAAUAUUUUGGGGGAGAAAUGGAACCCAUGGAGGGAAGGGAGGAGGUCUGAAGGUUCGAAAGAACCUUUUCUUUUUAUGAUUUGAAAUGGUUAAAGUUAUUAUGUAUAAAGGUAAAGAGACCCCUGACCAUUAGGUCCAGUCGUGGCUGACUCUGGGGUUGCUUUACUGGCCGAGGGAGCCGGCGUACAGCUUCUGGGUCAUGUGGCCAGCAGGACUAAGCCGCUUUUGCCAAACCAGAGCAGCGCACGGAAAUGCUAUUUACCUUCCCGCCGGAGUGGUACCUAUUUAUCUACUUGCACUUUGACGUGCUUUCGAACUGCUAGGUUGGCAGGAGCAGGGACCGAGCAACGGGAGCUCACCCCGUCGCGGGGAUUCGAACCGCCGAUCUUCUGAUCGGCAAGUCCUAGGCUCUGUGGUUUAACCCACAGUGCCACCCAUGUUAUGUAUAAAUUAAUGUAAAACUAAUAAUUUUUUAAAAAAAUAAAAUAACUUAAUUAAAAUUGUCUGGAUCCCACAGAGCAACUUUGCAACAACUGCUAAAGUACAAUUUCUCCAAAACUGUCAGGAAAGGCCUUACAGAUCAUAGGAUGUCCCCCUCUCUUUUCUCUCGCAGCCGCUAUCUGGUGGCCUUCCCAGCAAUCAUCCGCCAUCCCAAUACAGAAAAGUUUUGUGUGCAACUGAUGUCCCUGCCGGAGACGGCCCACGUGGCGGUGACAUUAGAGAUGACGUUGCAGAACCACACCCUGCUGGAGAAGGAUGUGGAGAAGCCAGGGACCCACGAAUGCAUCAGCUUCCAGGCAAGUUUCAUCCAUUGCAAGCCACUCAGUAGAAGAUGCUCUCGCUUCUUAGCUAGAUAAGGACAGCAGGUCUCAGUGAAGGACGGAACAAGGCAGCACACUAGCUGUGGUAGAGAUUGCCAUCGCUGCAGUGAACCCCUCCUAAGGCUUAGUACAACACACCACGUGAGUUGGUGCCAUGAUCGUAUGGCGAGUUGCCCCAGCCCAACCCAUGUAAACCUAUGGCAAGAAGUGGGGGCAGGGUAGGUGAGAGAUAAUAUUGCAGGGGCAACAGUUUAUCUGUGGAAAUAGUCAUAUCAGUGUCCGGUCGAAGGUCCAGCAAUAUAAUAAUAAUAAUAAUAAUAAUAAUAAUAAUAAUAAUAAUUUUAUUAUGUAUACCCUGUCCAGCCACUCUGGGCAGCUUACAACACAUAAACAAUUGUAAAACAUUAGACAUUAAAAAUUUCCCGAUACAGGGUUGCCUUCAGAUGUCUUCUAAAAGUCAGAUAGUUGUUUAUUUCCUUGACAUCUGAAGGGAGGGCGUUCCACAGGGUGGGCGCCACUACCGAGAAGGCCUGAUUCCCUGUAACCUCACUUCUCGCAGUAAGGGAACCACCAGAAGGCCCUUGGUGCUGGAGCUCCGUGUCCGGGCUGAAUGAUGGGGGUGGAGACACUCCUUCAGGUAUACUGGGCUGAGGUUGUUUAGGGCUUUAAAGGUUGGCACCAACACUUUGAAUUGGGCUCAGAAACAUACUGGGAGUGACAGCUUGCAUUCAUCCAAGCACUUUCCUGUCCUCAUCCUCUAGCCAAAACAGCUGAUUCCCCCCCCCCCCCCGAAUAUUAUCCUAUUAUUGCAAGUAAGGUCGCAAUUGUUUGAACCCAAGAUAAUUGUUAUGAGCUCAUCUGCCCACACAGAUGUUUGUUUUACAUGUCUUUAACUGCAACGGCUGUUAGAAUGUUCCAACUGUUAUAGGAUGCUUUAAAAAAUGUGGACGUGUUUGCUGUUUCAGGAGGAAGGAUGGGAUAUAAAUUCAAUAAAUGAAAUAUCAGUGUAAGUUGUUUGGGGCAAACACCCAUAGCCUGAAAGAGAAAGGACGGAAAAAGCUCUGACUAGCUGCCUGUGAAUUCCGAUGCAGUGAAGCCAUCAUCUAUUUCUGCAUUCAAAAUGGAUGUUGAAAAUCUACACCCCUCAGUUUAGCUGUCGCUUAUGUUUUUUAAACUGGAUGGAAGCGGGUUCGAGGGAAAGCAAACCAACCAGCAGUAUUUCUCAGGAAUUACAGGGUUCAGAUGGAUUGCUGCUCACGCCAUGUGUACUCGGUUUCAAACACUAGUGGCGAGAGCACGUUGGAGCCAGAGUAAAUGGUAAUUGUUACACAUCCUCAGAACCACUUCCAGGCAAAUUGGCAAGUUCCUGUUUACAAGCCUGUUUCAUGCGGAUGUAUUUAUUGUGGACCAAUCUGAACGUGUUCUGAGGUCAAAAAUAGCUGGGCGUACCUUUAAAAAUAAAACCAACGCUGCCAAGUAAUGUACAGUGGUACCUCGGGUUAAGUACUUAAUUCAUUCCGGAGGUCCGUACUUAACCUGAAACUGUUCUUAACCUGAAGCACCAUUUUAGCUAAUGGGGCCUCCUGCUGCCGCUGUGCUGCCGGAGCACGAUUUCUGUUCUUAUCCUGAAGCAAAGUUCUUAACCUGAAGCACUAUUUCUGGGUUAGCAGAGUCUGUAACCUGAAGCAUAUGUAACCUGAAGCGUAUGUAACCCGAGGUACCACUGUAUUAGAAUUUUAUUUAGGUGCAUUUUUGAAUUUGAUUGUGAUAAUAUGAUUAACGUUCAAUAGUUGUGAUUCCUGCAUUGCAGGGGGCUGGACUAGAUGACCCUUGGUGUCCCUGCCAACUCUACAAUUCUAUGAUUCUAUGGCACAGGUGAAGUUCUGUGUGAAUUUUACUUUUCUCCCCUCUUUUUCGUCCACCAAUCAGUUUCUUUCUCUUUAGGUCCCAGCCUUUGUUCCCAGGAAGAAGCCAAUGGAAGAACAUCAAUCACCCGUAAGUCUUUGCUGCUGCUUCCAACCAUUCCUUCAUUCUGAUCACUGGAAGGAUUCGCGUAACAGAAGAGGGAGAGACUGUAUGAACAACUCGGGAGGAAGAGGGAAAAGUGAGGCGGAGGGGGGAGGAAAUGGGGUGGCAGAGACAAGGAUGGAGGAGCAAACCACAGUGUGUCUGGGCAGAGAGGGAAGCAAAGAAGGCUUUUGUGUGUGGAUAAUAAAGGGAAGAAUUUUUGAUCUUGUUUCCCUAUUUCCUGGGGAGAAGAGGAUCACAAUUUUGGAUGGAUGCUCCGGUAUCUUCUCCAGCUGCAAAAUAUGCUUCUCUCCUCAGUCCUCCUGCUGUUGAAACAGUUUUUUCCCCCUCCUUUAUGUUGUGAAGGAAGAAUUGGCCAGGGUGCAUGUCCUAAUACGAGCGGGUGACAGCAUCUUUGAGGAAAGGAAGAAGGUGCUGGUUCAGGACGCUUAUGUCAGGCAUAUUAUAGAGCCAGACAAGCCCUUUUACAAGCCUGGAGAGACAGGUAGGCAUGACCAUACCCCCCAACAUUUCUCUGAUGAAAACAGGGAUGUCCUAUUCCAUAAUAAAGGGACGCGGGUGGCGCUGUGGUCUAAACCACUGAGCCUAGGCCUUGCUGAUCAAAAGGUUGGCGGUUCGAAUCCCCGUGACGGGGUGAGCUCCCGUUGCUUGGUCCCAGCUCCUGCCAACCUAGCAGUUCGAAAGCAUGCCAAAAAGUGCAAUGUUGGUGUUCCGUUGCGCCAGAAGCGGCUUCGUCAAACUGGCCACAUGACCCGGAAAAACUGCGGAGCGGACAAAUGCCAGUUCCCUCAGCCUGUAAAGCGAGAUGAGCGCUGCAACCCCAGAGUCGGUCACGACUGGACCUAAUGGUCAGGGGUCGCUUUACCUUUACCUUAAGGAAAAGUAGGACAUUCUGGGAUCAAAUCAGAAACAGGGAUGGCUUCUGUAAAUCUGGGACUGUCCCUGGAAAAUAGGGACACUUGGAGGGUCUGCAUGAGUGGCCAGAAGAACCUGGAAGGUGACUGAAGCAGCUGUUUCAUCUUUUGGGGUGGGGUGAUGUGAAACUAUUACAAUAAGCAUUGUAAAAGCUAAGCUGCUAAGCCACAGUAGACCCUGAUCAUCUGCAGGGGAGCAUAAGCUCACACAAGCUAAAUUAGCAUAAGCAAAAUCUAUGUUGCAAAUAACAUAGCAGGAAAAACAGAAGUGGAGGGGAAACGAAAGAUUAGACCUACUUCUGUUUUCUUUUCUUUUUUAAAAAAAUAUACAGCAACAUGAAGUAGAGAAUGAAACUCAAAUAAGACAGAGCCUAAGAGAGAAGAACAUCUACUCUUUAAAAAAUUAUUUUCAAUAGCAAAUAACAUGCAUGCAUUUGCUUUUUUUAGUCAGGUUUCGCAUUGUGAGGCUUGAUGAAGAAUUUAAGGCCAUUGAUGAAACGGUGAGUAUUACUCCCGGUAUCACAAGGAGCAAAGGCUUUCCAUUCAAGGUCUGUGCAGAAACAUUCAUACCAGAAGGGUCUUAUCAUUGCCUCUCUGGUCCAAGACAUUAUGGCACCUGAGGCCAAAAUGGCGCCUCCUUCCUUACCAAGGAAGAAAGCGUGAGGGGAGAUCUACAACAGGAACAAUGGGGGGAAAGAAAGAUCCACAUUGGGAUCUGCUGUCCUGGUGGAUUCUGUCACCCAAGGCAAUCACCUUGCCUCAUGGGUAGGCUGGCCUUGCUAGGGAUGAUGGGAAUUGUAGUCCAAAAUGUAUGGAGGGCAGCAGGUCAGAAACGACUGGUUUACGCAAGGCAGGUUCACUUGAUCUAAAUUAUUUUGCUGGCUUUGCAGAAUUUUGCGGGAACUGGAGGCUAUUCUUUUCCUCAUGAGGCUGAUUUUGUGCUCUUUCUGACUCUUGUCUCUCUCCUUCAUUCUUUGCAGAUCCCUUUGAUACAGUUGAUUGUAAGUACAGGCAAUUGCCGUUUUAGGCAUGACUGAUUGGUGCACAAUCGUGCACACGGGCACAGUGCCAAAUCCAGAAGUGACUUGGAAAUGUCAUAAAAGAUUUCAUGAACAGGGUGGGGCGGGGGUGGAAUGGGGGUGGAAAGGGGCGUUUCACUUUCACGCACGUGCAUACUGACCCAGUGUGCAACCUCCAUGGCUUUUGAGACCUCUUUGCAUAUCUACACAAUACUGUAAAAUGUAAGAUGGCGGGGGGGGGGGAGGGGAGAGCGAUUGAAUCAUAAAUUACAAAAUUUAUAUACAGAUCCCAAUAAUUGUAGCUAUAUGAGAGACUGAGAAUUAUUUGUUAUAGUAACAAACCGUGCAGAAGUGCUGUAUUUAAUCACAUCCAAGUCACCACCCUGUAAUAGUCACUCCCUCCUUUUUCUGACCCAAAAAAUGGUCCCAGAGUAAAGGGCUGAGGGAGCCGGCGUCCACUUCCGGGUCAUGUGGCCAGCAUGACUAAGCCGCUUCUGGCGAACCAGAGCAGCACACGGGAACGCCGUUUUCCUUCCUGCUGGAGCGGAACCUAUUUAUCUACUUGUACUUUGAAGUGCUUUUGAACUGCUAGGUUGGCAGGAGCAGGGACCGAGCAACGGGAGCUCACCCCGACGUGGGGAUUCUAACCGCCAACGUUCUGAUUGGCAAGUCCUAGGCUUUGUGGUUUAACCCACAGCGGCAUCCGUGUCCCAGAGUAGUCCCCACAUAAUAGUUGCAGGGCUACUUUCACCGCGCAUGCUCUUACUGGCCGAAGGCAACAGGUGGAGGUGGGCAGGCAGGCAAGCAAGAGGGGAGAGUGAGGCACAAGAGACUCACAAGACUUGCCUCUUCCCACGAGAUCUAAACUGUACGGUGGAUACAUUAAGGUACGGACAGUGCUGGAUUUACAUAUAAGCUAAACAAGCUAUAGCUUAGGGCUCCACUCUAUUGGGGGCUCAAAAAAAAAAAAAAAUUAAAGGAAGAAAACCCCAGGAGGUUCUUUGAUAAAAAAUGUAUUUUGUUAUGUGCAAAUGGCUUUAGAUACCUAUUAGGUUCAUAAAUUACCAUAUAGCAUAUAUUCAACACAAAAAAACCUGCAACAAUUUGUUGUUGACAAAGGACAGCUGGACAUAUAAAGGACCCCAUUACCUUCAAUAGCUUAGGGUCUCAUCAAACCUAAAUCCAGCCCUGGGCAUGGAGCACCUUGUUUUCUCACCACAUCAUGUAGGGUUGCCAUAUUUCAAAAGGUGAAAAUCUAGACACAAAAGUUGGUUUGGGCAAAGCUUUUUGUUGUUAAGGGAAAUUUGCCAAAAUCUACACUACUGACAUGGGCUGUCAUAUGUUUCCCAGAUAUUUCAGCACAGUUUCCUUUUUUAAAAAAAUAGUUUUUCUUAAGUUUUUCUAAUUUGCAUAUCAAGAUAAUCAUUUGGACAACCUUCAAUUAAUGACUUCCCUUCUUCUCUUUCCGUGGUUCAUUUUGCACACCAUACAUCCCUGCAUAUUUUAACAUGAACUAAACCAUUCAGUAAUCCAUUGUUACACCAUCAAAACAUAUUUACACUGCUGAAUUUAUCUUAAUGCUACCAGUGUUUUUAAAUGUACUCAACUUUCACCCAAAUAAUCAGUAAACACUUUCCAGUCUUCUUUAAAUGUAUAUUCUUCUUGUUCUCUUAUUCUGUAUGUUAAAUCUGCAAGCUGCACAUAUUCCAUCAAUUUAAGUUGAUUAAAUUCUUCUUAGAUUGGGACCUCACUUGAAUUCCAUCAGCACUGUUUCCAACGGCCAAAUCCAGGCUAUGUCCAGGAAAUUCCAGACAUAUGGCAACCCUACAUGGUCACCAGGUUUUUCCUCAUGUAAUGGUUGCACACACCCCUUUGUUUGCAAAGGAAAAAUCAGCACAAAAAAUGUGAUCAUUAGGCGAUGAAAUACGGUAUGCAAUACUGUCCCUUCCAUGCUUUUUUUUUUUUUUUUUUCAGAGUGUAUUAUGCAACAAUAUUAAAUAGCAUCUUCCCCCUGUGACAGCUCUCUUCUCACUCCUUCACAGAUCCCAGGAGAUAAAACCCCUUUGCAUGAGUUUUGCUUUCUGCCCCUUCGCAGAGGAGGGAGUGUUGUGGGUACACUCAGAAGUGGGUGCAAUAGCAGAUAAUAAUAAUUAUCAGUCCGUCAUAUAGCUACAGAUAUUGGGAUCUGGUGGAUAAAGGAAUGGAGCUGAUAAAGAUCGCAGCAACAGAGUAGUGGAAUGGAAGGGAAAUGAUUGCGGGUGCAAAAACAAGCAAGAUAGCAAACCCAGGCUAGGAUAUUUUCCCCCCAAGCCCCAUCCGCCGGCAUAGACGGCAAGCGGCAGAAUAUCAAGGAAGAUGCUGACUGAAAAAACAGAAGUACCGUACUUUUCUGUGUAUAAGACUAGGGGUUUUUUUACUUUAAAAUAAGGUUAAAAAUGUGGGGGCGUCUUAUACACGGAUAGUGCAUAUGCCCAUUUUCUUAAUUUGUGGUACCCCAAAGUAGGGGGCGUCUUAUACAUGGGGGCGUCUUAUACACGGAUAAAUACGGUAUGUCGACUUUUGUGGGCCACUUGCACAGUGCUCUGUUGGGGCACAGCCUCAGUAUUGCUGAAGACUGCAGCCAAGUGAAUGAACUGUGGGAAUGUUGAGGACAGUAGGAGAGGAUAUAUUGAUUAAUAUUAUCCUUCCUCACUCACGCUAGUGAGCUUGUAGCAUUACCAUGUACAUAGCAGGAAGCUAAUGGACUGGAUUCAUGAAAAUCACUUGAGUUAAGCAAUCCAGUCUGGUUUGUCCGGAUUGGAUUUGUUCCUGGUAAGUCCCCUUUUGUUCCCUCUUAAAACGACGACGACGAUUACUAUCUUCUUUUAAAGUAAUGAUAAGGUUUACUCACAUUCAGUCCACAGUGUGAUCCUGAAGGCAGGCUUUAGCUUGUAGUUACAGAUACAGAGAAAAGUGUGGGUUCAUCCUCUUGUGAGGAAUGAGCCCAUGUGCUGCUGGCCGAGAGCCAGCACACAGCAAAAGGUAUUUAGAUAGUACAAGAGGAAGAGCAUCAAGAGAAAGAUGGCUGUGUGACCAGCCCUUUUAUGGGGUCUCAGAAGGUCACACCCAUCUACCUGGUCACAUACAGGGAGAGGAUGCUCCAGACCAGGUGUGACAGGAAGUCCUCCUGGCUGGAGCAACAUUCCCCUGUGUGUCCGCUCUGGGCAAACAGGAAAUGUUGUAUUUGACUGCUUUUCUGAUGUUACAAACCACACAAACAUCACAGUCUUUUUGGUCUUAUCCCUGUGCCCAGGAUCCUAAUGAAAACCGAAUAGGCCAGUGGGUGGAUGUGAAGCCUCAAAAUGGCUUUGUGGACCUGUCUUUUCCUCUGGCCUCCGAAGCAGUCAUGGGACGAUACAUCAUAGCAGUUGGAAGUUUAUUUUUUGGACGUGAGGAUACAAGAAGAGAGUUCAUGGUGGAAGAAUACGGUGAGAUUUCAAAGGGAGACCACUUUGGUUGCAGUGUGUGUGUGUGUGUGUGUGUGUGCGCUCACGCAUGUGCUAACAAGAAAAGGAAUACAGGCUAUUACAUUAUUAUUAUUCCUUCCUUUCACUCUGUUUGGUAUAAUAUGUAGCGAUAGGGAUACAGUAUUUUUGUUUUUGAUUGAAUUUACAGCAUACCUGUCCUGGCUAGGAAUCCUAGUUGCCUUAGAUAUUUGGAUUUUUAAAUUUUAUUUUAUUAAAUAAAAAGUGAACCUCUUCCCCCUGCAGAGAAAGGCAAGCUCCUUAAUCAGACUUCCAUCUUAAAAACUGUUAUUCUUAUAUGUGAGUUGGCACACAAAAGAUGGCGGUGUAAAACUGAAAUCACUCAGUGCCAUUGCUUGCCGUUUCUCCUCUCAUUGCCACGUGGGCAGAGAGAUGGAGGGAGAAGCUCCCUUCACCAACAUCUGUUUAUAAUCUGAACCCAGGAUGUGAACUACUGAUGCAGAGAUGCAGACUUUCCUCCAUUCCCACACCACUUGCGACAGAUGUCAGUUGACCUUAGUGAUGUUCUCCAAAGCUCUGGGAAACUCUCCCAAAGGAAUUGCCCCAGGGCAGAGGUUUUCAACGUUUUUGAGUCCAUGGCUCCCUUGACCAACCACAUUCUUCCCGCAGCACCCCUGUGGGGCUCAGGAGCCCAGUUAUGUUGCCCCUUGCCUGCAGAGCUGGCAGCCGCUCACCCGUUUUUGAACACCCUCCCUUGGGGAGUGUUCCCUCGGCCUCCUUUCCUCUCCCCUCUCCUUGGGAGUCCUCUGGUGCUGCCACCCCUGGUCUCUGAGCUGCCCCCCACUCGCCUCAAAGAGAGGUGCCUCCUCACACUGACCCACAGAUGCCCGGGAAUUGUCUGCCCAUUCCCAAAAGCAAGGGCAGGGGGACUGGCUGACUAGACUUCCUCACCUUGCUUGCUUGCUUGCUUACUCACUAGGAGGCCGCCUCAGCUCCUAGUAACCAGCACCCCCUGGCCAGCCCCAGAAGCACCAUUUGCCUGUGGAGCUUGUAGCCAGGGCUGCACAACAGCCGCACAAGCCUUUGGGAGGCAGAGACACAAGAAGGCAUCAGAGGAGAGGGUGGGAAGGAAAGAGGGACAGAGGCCAGUGUUGCCCACAGCACCCCUGACCAUCAUUCAAGGCUCCCCAGGGUGCCACGGCACCGCACAUGGCGAAACCACACCCCUUCCAACAGAUGAAAGAAUAGUGCAAACACAAUUUACAUAGCUGUUCCUUUCUUUCCAAAAACAGUCAGAUUCUGUGAGGUCUCAAAACAGUCAUAAGGGCCAUAGGGAAAACGAAGGGUGAAAUAAUUUGGUUACCAGAUCAUGUAAAUGCCGCAUAAAAUAGUGAGUGAACAAAAAGUAAUUUCAGAGUAAACCCCUAGUAUGAACCACGUGAAAGCACCCCAGUGCAGAGCCCUAUACUUACUUGUCCUGAGCAAUGUUGAGUAAGCAUCAGACACAGGUGAAGGAGGUUUUUUUAAAUGCUCCUUUAAAAGCUUAGGAAUGAUUCCUGACUUUGAAUUCAGAAAUGUGAAUUAUUAGCACAUAUCACGCCAGUGCUAAGGGAUUUGCACUUGCUGCCUAUUAGCUACUGAACCAGUUUUAAGAUCCUAUUGUUUACGUAUAAAGCCCUAAACAACUCUGGAUUGGGAUAUUAGAAAAACUCCUUUAUCCUCCACUGCCCAGUGAAGGCAUUUAAGAUUGGGAAAUGGGAAAUGGAUAGCUUUUCCAUGGCCUGGAUAUUUUUGGCUUGUGGUAGCAUGGGAAUGGGCUUUUUCACUGGUGAUGCCACUGUUGUGGACUGCCUUCCCUGCUGAAAUACGAGAAACCCCAUCAGUAUUGGUAUUCUGCCAGUUCUUAGAGACACACCUGUAUAGACAAGCAUUCCUCUCAAAUUGAACUUCCUCAUCUAAUUGUUUUAAUUCAGGGGUGUCCAAACUUUUUUCAAAGAGGGCCAGAUUUGAUGAAGUGAACAUGCAUGAGGACCGACCCAAGAUUGAAGUUGUUGAGCUUUUUUUUCAGGAUUUCACCUCAGGAAAUAAACUGCCACAGGGGCUGGAUUAAACUGACUAGCAGGCCAGAUUAGGUCCCUGAAAGACUUUGGACAUACCUGUUUUAAUUGCUCUCUUAACUGUUUUAAUUGCUAUGAUUUUUAAUGGGCUUGCUUUAUUCUAUGUUUUAACUAUGCACGCUUUACUAUUUUGAUGGAAUUGGUUUAUUGUACAUUUUAUUUAUGUAUGAUUUAAAAAAAAGAUAUUUUGUUACUUUCAAAUCACUUAGAAGCCAAUUUAUCAGAGAAGAGGUAUAUAAAUAAAAUAAUUAAAAUAAUUAAAAGUGCAGAAGGAGCAGUGUUCAGUUUUGGUGAUGCAGCUGCGGCAUGUGGAACUUUUUAUCCACUCACUUUCUUCUCCGUCUCUCUUCCUGACUCAUUACAGAGCUGCCUAAAUUUGAAGUUGUGAUUGAGUUUCCGAAAUUGGUCACCACAGCGGAUGAAGAAUUCCAGGUCAAAGUGUGUGGCAAGUAAGUAAAAUUUCAUGGUAAACAAUGUUCCUAAAAUGGGACCUUUCCAGACACAGUUUUACUGUGUUGACAUGUGUUUCUUCAUCCCUUUGGGUCUAUUUGUUUUUCUCCUUCUCUGUCUCAAUGCACAUUUAUAAUGCGGGGACAUACUUGUUUAACUGCUAUUCCUUCCCUGGCGGGAACCACAAGAAAGAAGCAAUCUGCUAGAGAAUGCUUAGCACCCGAGCCAAAUUAUGAUUUUCAGGCUUUUUUUUUUGGAAGAGAGAGUAAAACUAUGGCUGUCAAAUCAGAGUAGAACCAAUAUAAAUUUGUAAGGUAGCACCAGUAUAUUGUUUGCUCUUGUCCCCUCUCACCCCCAUUUUUGCACUUCUAAAAAUGAAAAUAAAAUAAUGUGCUAUGGCGCCCAAACUUCCAAGAUUUCCCCCUCUGUAUUAAAACGGUUGUUUUGGCUCACGUCAUUCUGUUUAUGGAAGCAGCUGUUCAUUUGCAUUUGUGCUCCCCCCGCUAGCUUUUUACAUUCAGAGAACCCUUCCUCACAUCAAAUUGUCUGUCAGGGAAUCCUUCCUUGCACAUUGAGAAUGGAUAUCUGUGUGCUGAAGAAAAUUCUCGGGAAAUUUUCUGGGGCAGCCACUUUGAAUUCAUACUGGGUAUGUACUUGCUAUCAUUACACAUGAGCUGAGUGCUCUGAGAUCAUACCUAGCUCUCUCCUGAGGUUAGCACAUAUAAAAAGGGAAUCAACAAUGGAGAACAACCUCUCUGCCAGUAGUGAUAAUCAGUAGCAUAGCAUGGGUUGCUCGCGCCCGGGGCUACAUGGAGGGGAUGUGUGGGAGGGAAACGGAUGGAGUAUGCAUGUUCAUUCAACUGUCUAACAGCAUCUGCAUCACCCAGGAGAUCGCAGUCGCAGAGAUAAGAAAAGAAGCGUCUUCCAUUGUCUGGAAAAGUCACUUCCUGAUUUGCAUGGAGAAGCUGUUUUCAACGGAGCCCAGCAACGGAAGCGUGUAGCUGUACUGAGGCAGCACCGGGUGUUGAUGUUUUGUUCCCCUAACAAUUUUGUGCCCCGGGCAACUGCCCCCCCUGCUAUGCCACUGGUGAUAAUCUUAUUGAAUGACCUCUAGUGAGCUCCUGAAGACAAAUUGCUUUAGACUAAAACAUAUUUCUUUCAUCGGUGUUCUCUCUCUCUCUCUCUCUCUCUCUCUCUCUCUCUCUCUCUCUCCAUCUCCCUCCACUCCCUCUCUGCUCUGUCACCUGUGCCUUAGGUACACAUAUGGGAAGCGUGUUCAAGGAAAUGUGCAGCUCCGCUUCACUAGAAGAUUAUCAUAUUUUUUUCAUAUGCGUAAUACAAAUGAAACAUUACCGGACAUUGAACAUGAGUACACAGCUCAGGUGAGAUAAAUGGGAGGGGCUGUCUUUGGACAGAAUGGAGGCUGGGAUGAGUUAUCUGCCCCCUACCCUUUGGUUCAGAGACUGGCGGCCUCAUCCUGUUGCGCUCGCCUUCCAUUUCUCUAUGUCCACGAAGAAGGUGGAUGGAGAGGAUCAGAAACAUCUGCCGUGUGCCAGAUUGAUCUGUAGGGAAAAUGCCUCAGUAUCUUAUUUUGUCCAUUUGGUAGUGAGCAUUCAGUGCUCCUCAUACAACAACAGUGCCUAUUUUGCUAGGUGUGGUUCACACCCCUAAUCAUGUGAUUCUGUAACAGAUGCAAGAUGCUAUUUCUAAAGGUGAGGACCAUGAUUAUUGCACCUUGCAUAUUGUUUAGUCGUUUAGUCGUGUUCGACUUUUUGUGACCCCAUGGACCAGAGCAUGCCAGGCUCUCCUGUCUUCCACUGCCUCCCGCAGUUUGGUCAGACUCAUGUUCGUAGCUUCGAGAACACUGUCCACCCAUCUCAUCCUCUGUCGUCCCCUUCUCCUUGUGCCCUCUAUGUUUCCCAACAUCAGGGUCUUUUCCAGGGAGUCUUCUUUUCGCAUGAGGUGGCCAGAGUCUUGGAGCCUCAGCUUCAGGAUCUGCCCUUCCAGUGAGCACUCAGGGCUGAUUUCCUUCAGAAUGGAUAGGUUUGAUCUUCUUGCAGUCCAUGGGACUCUCAAGAGUCUCCUCCGGCACCAUAAUUCAAAAGCAUCAAUUCUUCUGUGAUCAGCCUUCUUUAUGGUCCAGCUCUCACUUCCAUACAUCACUACUGGGAAAACCAUAGCUUUCAUUAUACGGACCUUUGUCGGCAAGGUGAUGUCUCUGCUUUAAUACAUAUUGUAAAUUGUAAACUGCCCUGUGAUCCUCGGAUGAAGGGCAGUAUAGAAAUUUAAUUUAAUUUAAUAAGUAAUAAUAAUAAUAAUAGCAAUAGUAGCUUAGGUGGAUGUGGCGAUAACACGUUAAUGUCAUAGCAAGAGAAGGGAGAACAAGAUGCACAGCUGUUGCUUUCGGGGAAAAUGAGCAUUUGCCACAACAGAGCCUGACUCGUGCUUCUUGUUUUACAUGGCUAGUACAAGUCUGAAAAAAUAUGUGCCAGACUAAGGCACUCCAGAUCUAGAAACCAACCAACCAGGUUUUACUGCAUGAUGCCUUAUGGAAUGUUACCCUGGCUGCAGACAACCAGGGAGGGCUAAUUUCUUGUGUUGCGUUUAUAUCCCACCACCAGACUCAGAACUGCUCAGCUUCAGCCAGGGGAUGGCCUCCUGUGCCUUCAGAUCACCCUUCCGAUCACCUUUUAUUUGCACUUCCUCUGCUCCACCCCAUCCAGGCUGACUUGAUUGACAGCUGGUGUGGCAGCUCAGUAUCUCAGAAUCUACACGUACAGCUUUGCUAAUGUACUUUCUUUUUAAACAAUAUUUAUUAAAUUUUCCAUUUUAGCAAUCCAAUGAAAACCACAUUAAAAAUAUUCCCAGUUAUAAUACAAUCAAAAUGACCAAGUUUUAUGCCGAUUUUUGUAUCUUUGAGUGACUUCCCAAGCUCUGAAUUCAGGGAGUGAUGAUCUCACAUUGCGCUGCGUUCCUUAAAUAACCCAGGUCGUCCCAAUAAAACAUUCCCGAUGUUGAUCCUUCAUUUAUUUUUAACAGCCUCUGAAUUCAUUUUGGGAGCGGAUUAGUCCUAUGUAGUUCUGUGUGAAAUUAGUUUUUCUUCUUUAUUUUCUUUAUCUUCUUGUUGUGAUCCAACAUUUCUCUUCGGCGACCCUCACUUUGGAGAGUUGCCAAUAACGUACAGUACAUUGCACCCAGUGCCUCCUGCCCCUUCUUCCUUCCGGAUGGGCAGCAGGUGUUGGAUGAUCAGUGGGUGGAGCUGCCCCCCCAGCCCUGGGGGGGGGGGUUUGGGAGGAUAAUUACUCCCAUAUUAUCUUUGAACUCUGCAUGAAAUGGACGCAGCCGUUCGCCAUGGCAGACAAAUAGGAAGUCUCUAAUGUACUUUCUUUUCUUUGUAUCUCCAGACAGAUGAGACCGGCUUUGCUUAUUUUACCAUCAAUGGGUCUGAUUUAAAUCUUUCUCAAAGCGGCUAUGAUGAGUAUGUCAACUUUGUGGCAGAACUGGAGGAGAAAGGAACAGGUACAAAGGAAAUAACAAGAAAUGGGAACAUACAAUUUUCACCUUUGGCAAAUCAGUCCACCCCCCCGCACACACCCCUUGAUAGCCUUGCCUUUCUGAUUUUUUCCAGUCAACUGUUUUCAAACCCUUAGGCUAUUGAAAGUUGCUUUUGUAUCAGGCUAUUUACAGGGCUUGGGUUCAUUCCUGCAUUUCAUCUGAUUUUUCAAGGCACACAUGACCUGCCUUGCAGAUACCUAGGGAUCCUCUGCAGCUCACACAACAAAUUUUGUCCUGGUGGUACAGUUUCCUCAAGAGAAAUGGCAUUUAUCACAAGUCGUUAUAUCUGACUCAGUGAGCUGUGACCAGUUUUUUGUUUAAGAGAACUGAAAGUGCUGGAAGCCUCCAUGUAGACAUGCUCACGAGAGUGACGUCCUUGCAGUUUUUUUUUUUAAAUAAUAUUUAUUAUUUUUCCAAAAACUUAAACACUAAAAAACAACAACAAUACAAUACAACACAUCAAAUUAACAAAACAAAACAAAAACAAUAAAAUAAAUCAAACAAUUUCAUUAUCCCAUCUUUCCUUCACUUAUUUCCACGACCUCUUCACACCUCCCGUUUUGUAUUCCACUUCUGUUAAUUAUUUCAGCAAUUCCUUACCAUCUUCCUCUGUUUUCUAUCCUAUAAUUAUCUUAACUCAUUCUAACCUUAUUUUUUCCUUUAAUGCUCUAUUAACCUAUCUGUACUUAAUUCCUUAUAACAUUUCUACUAAAGCCAUAUAACUUCAUUCCAACAUUUUUCUAACAUUCAUUAAUUUUACAGUGUUUCUGUAGAUAGUCUUUAAAUUUUUUCCAAUCUUCUUCCACCGACUCUUCUCCCUGGUCUCGGAUUCUGCCAGUCAUUUCCGCCAGUUCCAUAUAGUCCAUCAACUUCAUCUGCCAUUCUUCCCGGGUGGGCAAAUCUUGUGUCUUCCAAUACUUCGCGAUGAGUAUUCUUGCUGCUGUUGUUGCAUACAUAAAAAAAGUUCUGUCCUUCUUUGGCACCAAUUGGCCGACCAUGCCCAGGAGAAAGGCCUCUGGUUUCUUCAGGAAGGUAUAUUUAAAUACCUUUUUCAUUUCAUUAUAAAUCAUCUCCCAGAAUGUCUUAAUCCUUGGGCAUGUCCACCAAAGGUGAAAGAAUGUGCCUUCAGUCUCAUUACAUUUCCAACAUUUAUUUUCGGGCAAAUGGUAAAUUUUUGCAAGCUUGACUGGUGUCAUGUACCACCUAUAAAUCAUUUUCAUUAAGUUUUCUCUUAGGGCAUUACAUGCCGUAAAUUUCAUACCUGUGGUCCAUAACUGUUCCCAGUCAGCCAUCAUUAUGUUAUGUCCAAAAUCUUGUGCCCAUUUAAUCAUAGCUGAUUUCACCGUUUCGUCCUGAGUGUUCCAUUUCAACAGCAAGUUAUACAUUUUUGACAAAUUCUUAAUUUUUGAGUCUAGCAAUUCUGUUUCCAAUUUUGAUUUUUCCACCUGGAAACCAACUUUUUUGUCCAAAUUGUAUGCCUCCAUAAUUUGAUAAUAAUGGAGCCAAUCUCACACUUUAUUUUUCAAUUUUUCAAAACUCUGCAAUUUUAUUCUGUCUCCAUCUUGAUCCAGAAUUUCCCAAUAUUUCGGCCAUUUGGCCUCCAUAUUGAGUUUUUUCUGUGCCUUUGCUUCCAUUGGUGACAACUAUCUUGGGGUUUUCUUUUCUAACAAAUCUUUAUAUCUUAUCCAUACAUUAAACAAUGCUUUCCUAACAAUAUGAUUUUUAAACGCUUUAUGUACUUUUACCUUAUCGUACCACAAAUAUGCAUGCCAGCCAAAUACAUUAUUGAAACCUUCUAAAUCCAACACGUCAGUGUCUUCAAGAAGCAGCCAUUCUCUCAGCCAGCAAAAAGCCACUGAUUCAUAAUAAAGUUUGAGGUCUGGCAGGGCAAAUCCACCUCUUUUUUUAGCAUCAGUUAAUAUCUUAAAUUUUAUUCGAGGCUUUUUGCCCUGCCAAACAAAUCUGGAAAUAUCUUUCUGCCACUUCUUGAAACAAUCCAUCUUAUCCAAAAUUUGUAAUGUUUGAAACAAAAACAACAUCCUUGGCAGCACAUUCAUUUUUAUCACAGCAAUUCGGCCUAACAAUGAUAACUUCAAAUUUGACCAGAUUUCUAAGUCCUUUUUCACUUCAAUCCAACAUUUUUCAUAAUUAUCUUUAAAUAAGUUCCCAUUUUUGGCUGUCAUAUUAAUCCCCAAGUAUUUCACUUUCUUUACCACAGUCAAUCCUGUCUCAUUCUGAAACCUAUCUCUUUCAAUCGGUGUUAAAUUUUUCUCUAAAACCUUAGUUUUUAGCUUGUUCAAUUUAAAACCUGCCACUUGACCAAAUUCUUGAAUUAAUUCUAAAACUCUUUUAGUGCUAGAUUCUGGCUCCUGUAACGUCAAUACUAAGUCAUCUGCAAAUGCUCUCAGUUUGUACUGUUUAGCUCCGACCUGUAUACCUUUAACCAACCGGUCCUUUCUAAUCAUUUUUAGCAGGACCUCCAGGACCAAUAUAAAAAGCAGUGGGGAAAUUGGGCACCCCUGUCGUGUCCCUUUUUCUAUCUUAAGUUCUUCCGUGACCACAUUAUUUACAAUUAAUUUGGCCUUUUGUUCAGAAUAUAUUGCACCUAUACCAUUUUCAAAACCUUGGCCUACCCCGAUCCCAUGUAAAUUCUUCUUCAUAAAACUCCAAGAGAUAUUGUCAAAGGCUUUCUCCGUGUCCACAAAUAUCAAAACUGCUUUAGUAUUUACCGUAUUUUUCACUCCAUAGGACGCACUUUUUCCCCUCCAAAAAUGAAGGGGAAAUGUGUGUGCGUCCUAUGGAGCGAAUGCAGGCUUUUGCUGAAGCCUGGAGAGCGAGAGGCAUCGGUGCGCACCGACCCCUCUCGCUCUCCAGGCUUCAGGAAGCUAUCCGCAAGCCUUGCAAGCCCGGUGGGAGUUCCCGCGGGCUCACAAGGCUUGCAGGCAGCAGCCUGCAGCCCCGGCGAGUGUCCGCAAGCCUUGCGCGCCCGGCAGGAGGUCCCGCCGAGCGCGCGAGGCUUGGGGCAGCAGCCUGUCGCCCGAAGCACAGGGAGCCCUCCGGAGGGCUCCCGUGCUUCGGGGAGUGUCUGCAAGCCUUGCGCGCCCGGCAGGAGGUCCCGCCGAGCGCGCGAGGCUUCGGGCGGCAGCUUGCUGCCCGAGCACGGGAGCCCUCCGGAGGGCUCCCCGUGCUCGGGCGAGUGUCCGCAAGCCUUGCGCGCCCGGCAGGAGGUCCCGCCGAGCGCGCGAGGCUUUGGGAGGCAGCUGUCGCCCGAAGCACGGGAGCCCUCCGGAGGGCUCCCGUGCUCGGGCGAGUGUCCGCAGCCUUGCGCGCCCGGCAGGAGGUCCCGCCGAGCGCGCGAGGCUUGGGGCAGCAGCCUGUCGCCCAAGCACGGGGAGCCCUCCGGAGGGCUCCCCGUGCUUCGGGGAGUGUCCGCAAGCCUUGCGCGCCCGGCAGGAGGUCCCGCCGAGCGCGCGAGGCUUCGGGCGGCAGCUGUCGCUCGAAGCACGGGGAGCCCUCCGGAGGGCCCCCGUGCUUCGGGAGUGUCCGCAAGCCCUGCGCGCCCGGCAGGAGGUCCCGCCGAGCGCGCGAGGCUUGGGGCAGCAGCCUGUCGCCGAAGCACGGGGAGCCCUCCGGAGGGCUCCCGUGCUCGGGAGUGUCCGCAAGCCUUGCGCGCCCGGCAGGAGGUCCCGCCGAGCGCGCGAGGCUCGGGCGGCAGCUUGUCGCCCGAAGCACGGGAGCCCUCCGGAGGGCUCCCGUGCUUCGGGCGAGUGUCCGCAAGCCUUGCGCGCCCGGCAGGAGGUCCCGCCGAGCGCGCGAGGCUUGGGCGGCAGCUGUCGCUCGAGCACGGGGAGCCCUCCGGAGGGCUCCCGUGCUCGGGCGAGUGUCCGCAAGCCUUGCGCGCCCGGCAGGAGGUCCCGCCGAGCGCGCGAGGCUUGGGGCAGCAGCCUGUCGCCCGAAGCACGGGGAGCCCUCCGGAGGGCUCCCCGUGCUUCGGGGGAGUGUCUGCAAGCCUUGCGCGCCCGGCAGGAGGCCCCCCUGAGUGCGCGAGGCUUCGGGCGGCAGCCUGUCGCCCGAAGCACGGGGGGCCCUCCGGAGGGCUCCCGUGCUCGGGAGUGUCCGCAGCCUUGCGCGCCCGGCAGGAGGUCCCGCCGAGCGCGCGAGGCUUGGGGCAGCAGCCUGUCGCCCGAAGCACGGGAGCCCUCCGGAGGGCUCCCCGUGCUUCGGGAGUGUCCGCAAGCCUUGCGCGCCCGGCAGGAGGUCCCGCCGAGCGCGCGAGGCUUCGGGCGGCAGCUAGUCGCCCGAGCACGGGAGCCCUCCGGAGGGCUCCCGUGCUUCGGGAGUGUCUGCAAGCCUUGCGCGCCCGGCAGGAGGUCCCGCCGAGCGCGCGAGGCUUGGGGCAGCAGCCUGUCGCCCGAGCACGGGGAGCCCUCCGGAGGGCUCCCCGUGCUUCGGGAGUGUCUGCAAGCCUCGCGCGCCCGGCAGGAGGUCCCGCCCCGCGCGCGAGGCUUCGGGCGGCAGCUUGACGCCCGAAGCACGGGGAGCCCUCCGGAGGGCUCCCCGCGCUUUAGGCGAGUGUCUGCAAGCCUCGCGCGCCCGGUGGGAGGUCCCGCCGAGCGCGCGAGGCUUGGGGCGGUAGCCUGCAGCCCGAAGCAAGCGAGGCUUGGGGCGGGAGCCGCGGGGGGGGGGAAUAAUUUUUUUUAUUCAUUUCCCCCCCCAAAACACGAGGUGCGUCCUAUGGGCCGGUGCGCCCUAUAGAACGAAAAAUACGGUAUAUUCACUUCUAAUUUUUCCAAGAUAUCAAUUAUAUUCCUCAGAUUAUCAGACAAAUGUCUUCCCGGGAGAAAGCCCACUUGGUCUUUAUGGGUCUCUUCCAUCAAUACUUUUUUCAAUCUCUUGGCCAAAAUAUCUGCAAAAAUUUUGUAAUCCACAUUAAGUAACGAUAUAGGGCGGUAGUUCUUAAGCUGGGUCUUUUCAGUCUCUGUUUUCGGUAUAAGUGUAAUAUAUGCCUUUUUCCACGACUCUGGCGCCCUUUUCCCUUCCAAUAUUUCAUUGCAGACUUCCUUCAAAGGUUGCAAUAACCACUCUUUCAGAGAUCUGUAGUAUCUGGAAGUCAGCUCAUCCGGUCCUGGAGAUUUGCCCAGUUGCCUAUUUUGUAUGGCACCUUCUACUUCCUGUUCAGAUAUUUUAUAGUUCAACAUUAAUUUACUUUCUUGAGAGAUUUUUUGUAGUCCAUUUGUAUUCAAAAAUUGGUCUAUGUCCAUUUCCUUCUGUGGCCCUUGUGUGUAUAAUUGUUUAAAGUACCUCUGGAAGCAAUUUCUAAUCUCAAUUGGGUUAUGUAUACUCUUUCCUUCCACUUCUAAGUUUGUAAUGGUAUUUAAUUUUUGUCUUUUUUUCAUUUGCCAGGCCAACAAUUUCCCACUUUUGUUAGCUGAUUCAAAUGUUUUUUGUCUCAUUUGUUUGAUUUUCCAUUCUAUUUCCUGAUUCAUCAUUUCCAUAUAUUGUACUUGAUAUAAUUUUAUUUCUCUCAAAAUCUCCUGGGACUUUGGUUUUGCUCUCAAUUUCUUCUCGCCUUCUUUUAUUUUCUCCAAAAUUUUAUCUUUCUUCUCCUUUUGACUUCUCUUCUUUAUUGCAUUCUGUUGUAUCAAAAACCCUCUCAUAACAGCUUUGCUUGCGUCCCAGAUUACUCUUUUUUCUACAUUAGUGUUCAUAUUUAUUUCAAAGUAGUCUCUCAAAGUUUUUUGGGCCUUUUUAUAUACUUCUUCAUCUCUAAAUAAGGUGUCAUUCAUCCUCCAUCUGAAGGAUCCGGUUGUUAUUUGUUUCAUCUCCAUCCUUACAGCGUUAUGGUCAGAGCAGGUUUUUGGGCAGAUUUCUACUUUCUUUAUCUUUGGUGCCAUUCCUCUAGUUAUCCAUAUUUGGUCAAUUCUAGUCCAUGUCAUCUUGGCUUCAGAGAAGAAGGUUCCCUCUCUUCCCAGGGGGUUCUUUACCCUCCAGAUGUCCACUAAGUCCAUGUUGUCUGUCAUCUCAAAAAAUGUUUUCGGUAAUCUACCAUCCUUGGUAACUACCUGUCUUUGUGCCUUGUCCAUAUUUGUAGAUACUACUCCAUUCAUGUCCCCCAUCAAGAUCAAAUUGUAAGCCAAAUAAUCCAGUUGAGUCUCAUGUAGCUUUUUAUAGAAUUCAGAUUUCCCCUCAUUCGGUGCAUAGAUUCCCACAAUCAAAAAUUUCUCUCCUUGUACUUGAAUUUCAAUUGCCAAAAAUCUUCCUUGGUCGUCUUUAAAGAUAAAUUUCGGUGAUAGUCUCUCCUUUGCAUAAAUCACAACUCCUCUUUUUUUAACUUUGUCAGAUGAAACAAACUCCUGUCCCAAUCUUUUAUUAAUCAAUAACUUCCUAUGUGCCCUUGUUAUAUGUGUUUCUUGUAAACAAAUCAAGUUCAAUUGUUCUUUUUUUAAUAGAUGAAACACACUUUUUCUCUUUCGAGGAGAGUUCAAACCGUUGCAAUUCCAGCUUAAUAGUUGCAGAGCCAUGAUGGGGGCUACUUCACUUUACCUCCAACUGCUCCGAGUGUCAGUUCUUGUUCUGUAGGUAAUGUCACUUUUUCUGGACCGUGCAAUCCAAAAGAUAAAUUUGAUAUGUCUAAUAUGCCUUUUGGCUCUUCUUCAGAUUCCACUUCUUUCUGUAGAUCUUCUUCGUGGUCUUUCAAGAACCUGUCUUUUUCCUCAACUGAUUUUAUUUUUAUCUUUCUUACUUUGUAUUUAAAGGACAGGCCUUGAGGGAAUUCCCACCUAAAAAGGAUUCUAUUUCUUUUCAACAGGGCCACUAGAUCUCCGUAUUUAAACCUUAAGUCCAGCAGAUGCUUUGGGAUAUCCUUAAAAAUCACCACACUUGAAUCGUCAAUUUCCAAAGUUUUUUGAGAAUGCAGAUUCAGAAUUUUAUCUCUCUCUUCUUUUGUUCGAAAGGUAAUCAAACAGUCUCUCACCUUGUCCUUGCUUUGUCUUCUUCCGAGUCUAAAUGCAUUCACUAUCUUAAAUUCUUCCUUCCCCGAAUCCAGUUGCCAAAAAUCUAUGAAUUCCUGUGUAAGAAAAUCAGCCAGGUUAUCUUUCUCCCGUUCUGACACCCUGCUCCAGGAUCAGGACGGUGGAAAGUUACUUUACUUUACACUCACUUCUGCAGGUUUAAACAGUCCGAAAAAAUCCCCCCUCUUCUCCUGCUUCCGAAGGGGGUUCAACAAUUUUAAAUGAUGAAAGUUAAUCUUUUACAAGCCAUUUUCUGAGCUCUAGUUUGCCAUGUCUUUGCUUUAAUCUAUCUACAAAGAAACGGAAGGCUGACUUCCUGUUUAGACCUUCCCGUUUCAGUGCCAAAUUGAGGUAAACUUUUAAGUCCAAUUUUCCUUUCUGCUCACAAGUCCUUACUUAAAGUCCAAUUGUCCGAGUUUAAGUACUCACGGGUGAUUAUUUUAGAAGCCAAAUUGUCCCAGGAAAAGGCAGCGCUCUCCGGCAACGGCUGUGCGGCUUCGCUCCACGGAAGAAGCAGUUGACUCUCAGCACCGCGCCACUUCCCCCUCUUCGCUCCGGAGCCCGUUAGUGGGUUCUUUUGCGGGUUGGGGGGGCGCUAAAGGUGCCCGCCGAGUCCCAUGGUCACAGGCUUCAUCUGCCUGUGAUUUUGAAAGGGUCCCCGCUUCGCCGUAGCGGAAAAGACCCGUUUCGCGUGGAGCUAGUCCCUCCAGAUCAGAGGGAGUCCGCCAUUGCCGAUGGCGCCACCCCGGAAGUCCCCGGAAACACUUCCUAAUCUCCACUGGAUUGUGUAUAUUUUUUCCUUCCACUUCCAAAUUCGUGAUAGUAUUGAGUUUUUGUCUUUUUUUCAUUUGCCAGGCCAACAAUUUAUUUGCCGAUUCAAAGGUCUUUUGCCUCAUCUGUUUAAACUUCCAUUCUAUUUCCUGAUUCAUCAGCUUCGCAUAUUGUACUUGAUAUAACUUUAUCUCUUUCAGAAUCUCCUGUGACUUUGGUUUUGCUCUCAGUUUCUUCUCUCCUUCCUCUAUCUUUCCCAGGAUUUUGUCCUUUUUUUCAUUCUGAGUUCUCUUCUUAACUGCAUUCUGUUGUAUUAGGAAUCCUCUCAUAACCGCUUUGCUUGCAUCCCAAAUUACUCUUUUUUCCACUGUAAUAUUCAUGUUUAUCUCAAAGUAAUCUCUUAGAGUUUUUUGGGCCUUCUUGGUCACCUCUUCAUUCCUAAACAAAGUGUCAUUCAUCCUCCAUCUAAAGGAACCAAUUGGCAUCAAUUUCAUUUCCAUCUUCACCGCAUUAUGGUCAGAACAAGUUUUGGGGCAAAUCUCUACUUUGCUGAUCUUCAGAGCCAAUCCCCUGGUUACCCAGAUUUGGUCAAUUCUUGUCCAUGUCAUUUUGGCCACAGAGAAGAAAGUUCCCUCUCUUCCCAGAGGGUUCUUCAUUCUCCAAAUGUCAACUAAGUCCAUAUUUUCAGUCAUGUCAAAAAAGGUUUUUGGUAGUCUACUGUCAGGGAACUGCCAUCGGAAGGAAGGGAGGUGAAAGGACUCAGACAGGUUGGAAGAGAUUCAGCAGCUGAAGAGGGAACCAGCAAGGGGAGAGAAGCUGAACUGAGGGAGGUGAAAGGGCUCAGACAGGUUGGAAGAGACUCAGCAGCGGAAGAGGAAACCAGCAGGGGAGAGAAGCUGAACUGAGGGAAAGGGAGCUGGGGGAUGGCUCAGAGAUACUUCCAGCGAAAACAGUGGUGAGGUUUCCGGACCUCCUGUAGCGACACCCACUCCUCGCCGGAAACUGUCACGCAGAGAGUCCAGAAGACGUGUUUCCGUUAAGGAGCUUUUAUGUUGGAAGCGAUUACGAAAGCAACCACUGUCGGAAUCUUCUAGUGACUAGAGGAGCCAUGUCAGAGGGGCUCAGUCACAGACAGAGGUUUGUGGACUUGAACAAACUCUGAGGGAAUACGAUUUUACGCACAAGCAGCUCAUAAUCCCAUCACAGCAUUCCGACAGUCUUUGAACGCAGCUUGUGCAGGAGAAGGCAUAAUGAGCAACCCAGCAGGAACCGGAGAAGCAGGGGCUGGAGCGGGUCCAAGCCUGGAAGAAAGGUACCGGGUGUUGGAGGUCCAGCUGGCGCUGCAGACGGCGAGGCUGGAGGAGAGGAGGGCUCAAGAUGCAGACAAAGGGAGAAAGCCACCCAGCUCGCCAGAAAGGUACCAGGAUUGGUGCAGAAAUUUGGGGGGGAGCCCAAAGACUAUCAUAGCUUUCGGACAGAAAUGCAAUAUGCCCUCAAUCUGCAGUUUGAUGAUUUCCUGAUGAGGAAUCACGAGUGGCUUUUGUGAUUGGGCAUCUUGAAAAGGGGGCGAGAGACUGGGUGAGACCCCUGAUGGCAGCGCAUAGUGACGUCCUAAAGGACACGAUGAAGUUCUUUCGCGCCAUGGAUCUGAUGUUUUCCAGCGAUAUUGAAAAGGGAGUGGUGCGCAGACAGUUAAUGGCUUGCAAACAGGGGAGCCGAUCUGUACGUGAGUACUGGACUGAGUUCACCAUGCUGAUACACAGAUUGGGGUGGGACUUAUCGGCGGAACCCAUUCAAAUGCUCUUUGAAGAAGGGCUUUCUUCGGCUGUGAAAGAUGAACUUUCCCGGGCGCCCAGGGCGGAGUCUAUGGACCAGCUGACCAAAUCAGCGCUGGCCAUAGGAGCGCGCCAGGAGGCGAGAGCAUUGGAGAGGCGGGAAGGGAAGGGGAACGUUGGAAGGAGUUCCGCAUUCCAGACAUUCCAGAGCCAACUGUCCCGCCGGCAGAGCCGAUGGAAAUCGGAACAGCGCGCGCGCGCAGUUUCAAAGCCCAGUGAGGGGGGAAAGAAGGAUGGAAAAGGCGCCCGGAAAUGCUAUCUCUGCCAACAGCCAGGGCACUUUGCCAGAGUCUGCCCCCAGAGGAAGGAAUGGCAAGGGAUGGUGGGAGCUGUGGAGGGAAGAGAGGAAAAAAUACCGGAGCAACUAAAAGCCAACGCCUGGCUGCCAUUGUCGGGGCACAGCAGCCAGGCCAAAGAGCAGUGAAAGUGCCCACUCCAGAACCUCCUAAACCCGCCCUAGUGAUAGAAGUGACACUAGAGCUGCCAAACGGACACCCUCUAAAGAUAAAGGCGCUGUUGGACUCAGGCAGCUCCUGCAAUUUCAUGAGCAAAGAGUUUGCAGCUGAACACCAGAUACAGACGCUCCCUUUAAGCAAACCCCUGCAGGUAACCACGAUCGAUGGCAGGGAGCUGUUGGGAGGAGAAGUCAGCUUGCAGACCGUCCCAAUGAUAAUGAAGGUGGCAAGGCACACCGAACUAAUAGCAUUUAAUGUGGCCACCUUGGGAGGAGCUCCCAUUAUAUUGGGGAUGAGCUGGCUAGCAUUACAUGAUCCGCUGGUGGGCUGGCAUCAAAGAGUGGUUUCUUUUGGGUCAGCACAUUGCUUAGAACAUUGCAAAGAGGGAAGGGUUUUGGCAGGGGCCCAAGCCACUCUAGCAGGGACUGAAGUGACGGAGAACGUGAAGGUACCACGACAAUACGCAGAUCUCCGCGACGUCUUCAGCGAAAGGGAAGCUGACCAACUACCACCGCAUAGAGCCUUUGACUGUCAAAUCAAUUUGCUCCCUGGGGCACAGCUCCCUGUGGGCAAGCUGUACGCCAUGUCAGACAGAGAGAUGCAGGAGCUAAGAGAGUUCAUUGACAAGAACCUGAAGAGAGGGUUCAUCAGAGAGUCCAGGGCGGUGGGGGCAGCCCAGUGUUUUUGUGGACAAAAAAACACGAACAAGCCGAGACUGGUGUGUGACUUCAGGGCCUUAAAUGCAGUGUCAGAACCAGUGGCCUUCCCGAUGCCCAGGAUUGACGACAUUUUGACAAGGGUGCGGAAGGGAAAGAUUUUUACCAAGCUGGAUCUAAGGGGGGCGUACAACCUGAUACGAAUAAGGAAGGGGGAUGAAUGGAAAACCACCAUGUUCACCCCUUUAGGGGCAUUUGAAUACUUAGUUAUGCCCUUCGGUCUACAAGCAGGCUCCGCAACAUUUCAAUCGUUUAUGAACCACGUCCUGGGGCCGUUGCUUUACAAGAAUUGUGUGGCCUUCUUAGACGACGUGUUGGUGUAUUCUGAGAAUGAGGAGCAGCAUGUGAGAGACGUCAGAGAAGUGUUGAGCAGGCUGCAAGCCAACCAGCUGUGGGUGAAACUGGAGAAGUGUCAGUUUCAUACCAAGGAGGUGGAAUUCCUGGGGUAUCGCCUGUCUGACAAGGGGUUGGCCAUGGAUCCCGACAAGGUCCAGGCGGUACUGGAAUGGAAAACACCCAAAACAAGGAAGGAUGUGCAGAGGUUUUUAGGGUUUGGGAACUUCUAUCGUAAGUUCAUCCCAAACUUUGCCCACCUGACGGCGCCCAUUACGGACUGUCUCAGCAGUAAGAAGAAGUUCGUUUGGACGGAGGAGGCGGAGCAAGCAUUUGAGGAACUAAAAGGGUCUUCGCCUCGGAACAACAGCUCCUGCAUGUGGAUUUACAAAAACCGAUGAGAGUGGAAACUGACGCAUCAGACAGAGCGGUUGGGGCGGUGCUUCUCCAGCCAGGGAAGGAGGAGUCAGAGUGGAGACCGUGUGCUUUUUUCGCGAAAGCUGAACAAAUCCGAGAGGAACUACACGGUGUAUGACCGAGAACUACUAGCCAUUCAUGAGGCGUUCCGGAGAUGGAGGCACCUGCUAAUUGGCGCACAACAUAAGGUGCAAGUGUGCACUGACCACAAGAACCUAGAGUAUUGGAGGACGGCACGAGUGCUCAACCAACGGCAAGUGAGAUGGGCCCAGGAAUUCUCCAAAUUUAACUUUGAGAUUUGUUACGUGCCAGGCCCAGAGAACAUUAGGGCGGACGCUCUCUCACGCAAACCUGAAUAUUGGGAGGGGAGGGAGCACCCGAAGAGAGACAUGUCAUUCCAGAGGACCGCUGGGUGUGUGGGGCGGCAUUGGUGGGACAAAGAGAACUGGUAGAAGAAACCGAGAAUGAUGAAUACGCCCAGAAUAAGCUCAGAGGUCUUAGGGAUGAGGGAGAGGAAUCAAGGGGUUUCGAGGAAAGAAAUGGAGCUUUGUAUUACAAAGGGGCACUGUAUAUCCCUGAAGGAGACUUAAGGGGAGGGUACUCAAGCAGUUGCAUGACAGCCCCACGGCGGGCAUUUUGGGCAACACAAAACCAUGUGGUUGGUCACCAGGGAAUUUUGGUGGCCUAAGGUGAGGGAGGAUGUACGUGAGUAUGUAAGAGGGUGCGAGCAGUGCCAGCGAGCCAAAGGGGAAAGGCGGGCGCCGGCGGGGCUAUUAGAACCCUUACCAACACCAGAACGACCUUGGGAGGCAGUGUCGAUAGAUUUUAUGACUGAUCUGCCGAAGUCCAAAGGGAAAACAGCCAUCAUGGUGGUGGUAGACCUACUAACAAAGAUGUGCCACUUUGUAGCUUGCUCGCAUGCAGUCACGGCGGAAGAGACAGCGAAGUUAUUUGUAGAACACAUUUUUAGGUUGCACGGGGUGCCAUUGAGGGUGGUCUCAGACCGAGGAAAACAAUUUACUUCCAGGUUCUGGAGGAAGCUCAUGAGCUUACUGCAGGUGGAGGUCAACUCUUCGACUGCCCGGCACCCUGAAACCAACGGGCAGGCGGAAAGAGCAAACGGUGUCCUCCAGCAAUACCUGAGGUGUUAUGUCAAUGACAGAGAGAAUGACUGGGUAGAAAAGUUGGCGCUGGCGGAAUUUGCCUACAACAAUGCCGAGAAUGUGUCCACAGGGAUGAGCCCCUUCUUGGCUAAUUAUGGGUGUCAUCCCAGGGCUUUCACAGGGGGAGAAGGGGAGAGAUGGAGCGUACCGGCAGCCGAGCAUUUUGUAGAAGAAAUGGAAGCAAUCCACCGUCAGCUCCAACUCAACUUAGAAAGGGCGAAGGAAGAAUACAAGAGGCAGGCAGACAAGAACCGAAGGGAAGGUGAAACCAUAAGGGUUGGAGAUAGGGUGUGGCUGUCAACCCGAGGGUUGCCGUUCAAAGGAGGUUGUAAGAAAUUACGACCCAGGAGGUUGGGUCCCUUUGAGGUCAUUCAACAGGUCAACCCAGUGGCUUUCAGGCUCCGGUUACCCAACCACAUGAAACUGCACCCAGUAUUUCACAGGUCGUUACUGUCACCGUACGCGGGGGGACGAGAAGGGAUGGCCACUCGGGGACCGGUCAUAGAAGAAAGAGAAUGCAGCAGUCAUGUGGCAGAAAUCCUUGAUGCCAGGUGGAAGGGGAAUCAGGUGGAGUAUUUGGUAGCGUGGGAAGGAGAACCGGAGUCAGAAAACACGUGGGUAAUGGCCAAAGAUAUCAAUGACGAGGUAUUGAUAGAAAUGUUCCAUCAAAGGUUCCCGCGGAAACCUCAGCCUGUGGAGAGGUUCCAGAGGGAAUACUUUGGGACCACUGAGGAGGAGGAGGAGUUGGAAGGAUUCCCAGAAUCGGAAGGGGAAGGGGAGAUGGACUCGGAGGAGGAGGAGUGCUUCGAGACCAGGAACCGCAACAGGUGGAGAGAAGUGUUCGAGACAUCGGAAGAUGAAGGAAGUUCAUUUCGGGGUUUUGCCUCCUCACCGCCCGUAGAGGAGGGGGCGAGAGGGGGUGAAGGGGGCCCUGGAGGGGAGGUGGAUGUCAGGGAACUGCCAUCGGAAGGAAGGGAGGUGAAAGGACUCAGACAGGUUGGAAGAGAUUCAGCAGCUGAAGAGGGAACCAGCAAGGGAGAGAAGCUGAACUGAGGGAGGUGAAAGGGCUCAGACAGGUUGGAAGAGACUCAGCAGCGGAAGAGGAAACCAGCAGGGGAGAGAAGCUGAACUGAGGGAAAGGGAGCUGGGGGAUGGCUCAGAGAUACUUCCAGCGAAAACAGUGGUGAGGUUUCCGGACCUCCUGUAGCGACACCCACUCCUCGCCGGAAACUGUCACGCAGAGAGUCCAGAAGACGUGUUUCCGUUAAGGAGCUUUUAUGUUGGAAGCGAUUACGAAAGCAACCACUGUCGGAAUCUUCUAGUGACUAGAGGAGCCAUGUCAGAGGGGCUCAGUCACAGACAGAGGUUUGUGGACUUGAACAAACUCUGAGGGAAUACGAUUUUACGCACAAGCAGCUCAUAAUCCCAUCACAUCUACCAUCUUUGGUGACUACCUGUCUCUGUGCCUUAUCCAUAUUUGUAGACACCACUCCAUUCAUAUCUCCCAUCAAAAUCAUAUUAUAGUCCAUGUAAUCAAUCAGAGUCUCAUGUAACUUCUUAAAGAAUUCUGAUUUUCCUUCGUUUGGUGCAUAAAUACCUAGAAUCAAGAAUUUCUCUCCUUGUGAUUGAAUUUCAAUUGCUACAAAUCUUCCCUGAUCGUCUUUAAAUAAUAAUUUCGGUGAUAGGCUCUCCUUUGCAUAAAGGACCACUCCUCUUUUUUUAACUUUGUCUGAUGAAAUGAAUUAUUGGCCCAAUCUUUUAUUACUCAAUAUCUUCCUGUGUAGCCUUAUCACAUGUGUUUCUUGUAAACAAAUCAAGUCCAAAUGUUCUUUUUUCAAUAAAUGAAAGACUCUUCGCCUUUUUCUGGGGAAUUUAGUCCAUUCACAUUCCAGCUCGAGACCUGCAACGCCAUCAUGUAGUUACGCUGAUGUUCCUCCAACUGCACCCAAUGCUUGCUCUUCUUCUGUUGGUGGUAAUGGUGGCACGUUCACUGGGGAGUCCAAUCCAAAAGACAAUAUUGAUAUAUCCAAUAUUCCCCUGUUUGGUGAUCUUCUAUCCAAUGCUCUCUGCUCUAAUCCUCUAUCUGGUGAUCUUCUGUCCAAUGCUCUUGGCUCUUUUCCAGGUCCCUUCUGCAGAUCUUCUUCGUAUUUGUACAAAAACUUCGCUUUAUCCUCUACUGAUCUUAUUUUUAUUUUCCUACCUUUGAAACUGAAAGAUAAACCUUGGGGAAACUCCCACCUAAAGAUAAUUUUAUUCUUUCUCAGCAGGGCAACAAUAUCUCCGUAGUCAGGCCUAAUAUCCAAAAGAUAUUUUGGGACGUCUUUAAAAAUUACCACUCUUGACUGUUGUACUUCUAGGUUCUUCUGGUAGUGCCAACCCAAAAUUCUAUCUCUCUUUUCUUUAGUUCGAAGGGUAAUCAAGCAGUCUCUUAUUGUAUUCUUCUCUUUUUUCCCUCCUCUUCCAAGUCUGAAGGCCCUCACAAUUCUAAACUCUUCUUGUCCCACGUCCAAAUCCCAAAAGUUAGCAAAUUCCUGUGUAAGAAAGUCUAUCAAACUUUCCUUCUCGAAUUCAGGUAGGCCUCUGAUCCUCAGAUUCGUCUGUUUUUCUUUAAGUUCAAUCAUAGCAAGCAUCAACUUAUGUUCAUCAAGUUGCCUCUGUAGGGCUGGGACUCUCUCUCUCUCCAGUUGUGUUACUUUACAUUCAACAGCAGCAGCUUUCUCCCUAGCUUCCUCCGCAGUCUGCCGUAUCAGAGUGGAUUCCUGUAUCAAUUUCUGAAUAGUUUCUGUAUUGGUAUUCACCUUUAGUCCCAGAUUGUUUAUGCUUUCCGUAUUUAAGUCAAUUUUAAUAGUUGCAGCAUCCACUUUCUUGUUAAGCUGUUCCAAUGAGUCAUUUAUCUUACCUAAUGCAACCGCUAAUACCUCUUCUGGCAGCAUUCCUCUUGAUUUUGGUUGUGCUGAUAUAGACACAGCAGCAGCCGGAGGAAGAGGGUCUGGUAUUGAACGUCUCCUGGGUUGCUGCCUAAUCUUCCCAGACCUUAAUGUUUUUUCAGCAGUUGGCAGAUCUGUUUUUUCCUUUCCAUUUGCCACAACACUUAGAAGAUUCAAGGCCAGUCCCAGAGUCUCACAGUUUUUUAUCUUGCAGCUGGAAAUUCCCCCAGCCCAACUCUUGUGAAACUCUUGUAAAACAACCAGUUUCAAAAGCUUCCACUAGGGGGAAACAGUUUCUAUUUAUGUUAUUUGUAUUGAACAAUAAUGUCCUCUUUUAAACACAGUUCAAACAAUCCAAAGUUAGUUUCAGUUUUCUGUUACUAUUUACUCCUUUUUAGAAACAGCCAGAGACUGUAGAAACAAUGUAUUUCUCUUACUUAGCUAGCUGUCAGUGAACGUUCUAAACGCUGUCAAUGGACAUUCCAAAAGACAUCAGUCCUACUAGCAGCCCGUUUCCAGGGUCAGAGCGGCAGUAUUCUGACUCUCUUCACUCUCUCCUGCAGGCAUACUCAGUCCACAACUCCCCCUUCUCCUGCCCCACAGGGGGUUUAAAUGUUAUUUGCCAUUGAAAGUUUAGUCUUUUACAAAGGGCUUUCCAAGGCUUCAGCUUACAGCCUUUUUGCUUCAAUCUAUUUACAAAAGGGGAAGGCGGACUUCCUGUAUUGAACCUCCCCGCUUCGAUACCAAAUUGUACGUUUAGAAAUCCGAUUCUCCCGUUUCAGCUCUACUCACGCGUAAUUGCUUUAGAGUCAAAUUGUCCACAGGAAAAAGUCAGUGCUCUCCGGCAACAGCUAUGCGGCUUCGCUCCGUGGAAGAAGCAGACGAUUUGAAGCACCACACCACUCACCCCACGUCGCUCCGGAGCCCUGAAAUCGGGUUUCCUGCGAGUAGGGGAGGCGCAGAAGGUGCCCGCCAAAUCCCACGUUCACAGGCUUCUCCUGCCUGUGAUUUUUUGCGGGUCUCCGCCUUCGCCGUGGCGGCAAGACCCGAUUUCCCACGGGGCAAAUUCCUCCCAGUCAGAGGAAUUCCGCCAUUGCCGAUGGCGCCAACCCGGAAGUCGUCCUUGCAGUUUUGUGUAAGGUCUACUUAACAAUGUGUCUAGAACUUUUGCGGAAAUGUCAAACCUACCGCUGUCCAUUUUGUAGCAUUCCAGUUGCUGUGCUAAACCAACCCGUCUGUUCUCUAUGCAGGAGUGACUCAGACAGGAUACGGUGUCUUGCCUAUUGCCGCAAAGGAAGUCAAGGUGGAGUUUAGCAAACUCAAUCCAUUCUACAAACAAGGUUUCCCAUACACAGGAGAGGUAACAUCCUAUCCUUUCUGUUUAAUAAAGCAGUCUUUAGGAUAGAUUUGCUCUUACUUUUUGAAGUAGGCACUGAAACGAUACCUUUUGUGACCUAGCCCUCCUACGAAAGUUUACAGUCCAUGACAGACAGACAGACAGACAGACAGACAGACAGACUACCUGGAGGAGAGCAUUCAUAUCCCGAGAUAGCUCAGCCCCUCUUCUUAUCAUUAGACCUUGAGGGGCAAUCUCUGAAUAGUGUUGUUGUGCUCUUGCCCACAGGAGUAAACAAAUGCCUCAGCAUAUAUAUAUAUAUAUAUAUAUAUAUAUAUAUAUAUACACACAUAUAUGCGUGCGAGAAUAGUUGGCUGUAAAGAAGUUAGGUGGCUGGCUUAUUUCCCUUUUAUUCACGCAGAUGAUGGUUUCAGUCAAUAAAGUGCCUGUCAAGAACAGGACUGUCUAUCUCACAGUUGAAGUUGAUGAUGUGGAGACAACCACUUCCUAUGUCACAGAUGAGAAUGGUGAAGUUUCCUUCUCCCUGGACACAACUAAGUGGCACGACAUGGUUUCCUUAAGGGUGAGUUAAAUAUUUGGACAUGUCUUAAGGAAGAGGUGGGGCGAAGAGAUGCAUUUUUCUGUGCAUCCCCCCCCCACCUUCCUUAGGGUUGCUUUUCCUAUAGAUUAUUAUUAUUAUUAUUAUUAUUAUUAUUAUUAUUAUUAUUAUUUACUUCUGGAACUUAGGGCUUGUCCACACUUCUGCUUAUUCUGGGAUGGCAAUAGGCAGGGAGUUCCAAAGUGCUACCACACUAAAAGGUUGGUGUUUUGCAAAUGCAGCAUGAAUACUGUGUGGCACAUCAUCAUCAUACACUUUAUUGCACUAGCCAAAGGCCAUGGCACCAUUCGCAAAGGAAACAGAAAGAAAAACAACAAUAACCAUAAAAACCACCCAAACAUCAGGGACUGCAAAUGCAAUAGACCACGGUCACGUCUCCUAGAAAUCAUUUGUUGCAUACGAUAGAAUAGCAGGGUGUUCUCAGAUAGCAUGUGCCGGCUUAAAUGUCCGAAUCACCUUUGCAACUGACCACUAUUUUAUCCAGUUCUUUUCUCCUGGUCUUCUUAGCGUGUGGCACAAGUAACUGUGCCAGUUCCACAGAUCACAGCAGUUGAGUGGACAUAUAUGAAACAGGACGAUCUCAGAGGGAAACUGGAUCCAAGCUUUUAACGGUUUCAUUUACCAAAAGUAGAAUCUUGAAGUUCGUGCUGAAAUGCCUUGGGGCACCUGUGUUCUAGUCACGGUACCUGAACUUUCAGUGACAAAGCAGGGUCCAGAAGCACCACAGUGAAUCUGCUCCCUCGGGCAGAGUACAACACCACUGAGGGUAGGCAACUGGCCAAUUUCUUGGGCAUGGGUGGAUUUGUGGUAUAUAUAGUUACUGGGACGCUGGUGGCACUGUGGUCUAAACCACCGAGCCUCUUGGGCUUGCCGAACGGAAGGUCGGCAGUUCGAAUCCCCUCAAUGGAGUGAGCUCCCGUUGCUCUGUCCCAGCUCCUGCCAAUGUGGCAGUUCAAAAGCAUGCCAGUUCAAGUAGAUAAAUAGGUACUGCUGCGGCAGGAAGGUAAACAGCGUUUCCGUGCACUCUGGUUUCCGUCACGGUGUCCCGUUGUGCCAGAAGCGGUUUAGUCAUGCUGGCCACGUGAUCUGGAAGGCUGUCUGUGGACAAACGCCUGCUCCCUCGGCCUGAAAGCCAGAUGAGCGUUGCAACCCCAUAGUCACCUUUGACCGUACAGGGUUCCUUUACCUUUACCUUUUACAUAGUUAAAGGAUUUCCGUAGGAAGCUUAGGAGCAUGUAGUAGUUGCAAACAAAGCAGCAUGUCUACUCCAAAACACUGGGCAGGUACAGAUAAUAUCGAAAGCAGGAUCGUGCAGAACUGCCUCAAUGCCAUUGCAAGCACAAAUCACCACAAUGAAAAGGAAGUCCUUGAAGAGAUUGUUACUUUCUUCCAUGAUUCUUAGCUGGGAGCCACGACAGUUACAAAGAUGUGAAGACUGGUUUACAUGUGUAGUAUAUACUGUUCCCUAAUGUUAGGUUCACAUGCCUUGUAUUGCCACCCAGUCGUCUCUUGUUGAUUGUCACCCCAAUCCUUGCUGUUCUCUUUUUGCUCCAUAGGGUAGAUACACCCUUGAGAAUGUGACUGGCUUUGAGAGUCUUAUGAUGUCGGAAUCCGAAAGUUUCAUGUGGCUAAAGCCCUUCUACUCUGAGAGCAAUAGUUUCCUGGAGAUACAGCAUGUGGAGGAAGAGCUGCCCUGUGGAAAAGACCAGGAAGUCCUGGUGGAUUACAUCAUAGACCGGAAAGAACUGGGCCCUGAUGCUGACCGUGUAGAUUUCUAUUAUUUGGUGAGCAUCUGGUCUAGGGAAAGUCGAGGACUAUAUUAUUUGGGGGCCAGAGCCAGAAUUGAAUCAUAGAAUUGUAGAGCUGGAAGGGAACCCGAGGGUCUAAUCCAACCCCUGGAAUGCAGGAAUCUCAGCUAAAGCAUCCAUGACAGAUGGCCAUCCAACCUCUGCUUAAAAACCUCCAAGGAAGGAGAGUCCACAACCUCUCAUGGGAGUCUGUAAGUGAGGUACAGGGGCAUAGUGGAGGGGGGCCGUGGCCCUGGGCACAAUUUUGUGAGGGGGCGCAAACAGGCACCUAUCCACAGCAGGCUCCUUCAUUGGAGUUUGGCUCCAAGUAAGAAGACACUGCACUUAGGCUGCGGCGCUCAGGCUUGGCAGUAGCUCUGUCCCCAGGUCACGCUUGACCCAGGGUGUGUGUGUGGGAAUGUUAAUGGUGACAGGAGAGGAUAUAUUGUUUAUUUAUAUCCUUCCUAACUUGUGUUAGCAAGUUCCUUUACUUAGCAGAGUGCCUUCCCCUUUACAAAGCACAGCCAAUAGCUGGUUGCAGGCUCGUGUGAGCCUCUGACGAUUAUACAGUUCAGUCUGUCUCAGAUUGAAUUGUAAGUUCCUGGUAAGUUCCCUUGAAUCCCUCUUAAAAGAAUAAAGACGCCACAAUCUUAUUUAAGGUCAAUAAAAGAAGUUUACUUACAUCGGUUCACAGUUGGAUCCCUGAAGGCAGACUUAGUUACAAAUAUGUACAUGUGGAUCUACCCCAUAUGGGGGAAUAAUCCCAGUGACUGCAAGCUAGAAGUCCGGCAGUUCACACGAUGAAAGGAAGAUGGAAAAGAGAGAGAGAGGUGCUGCGUGACUCGUCCUUUUGUUACCUGGGCAGGUUAGGUCACACCCACCUUCUGUCACAUGCAAAAGGAAGGAUGUUCCAGCCAGGAGGAACAGGAAGUUUCGACUGGCUGGACCAAACAUUCCCUCGCAUGUCUGCUCUAGCAUUACAAGGAAUGUUGUACUUGACUGCUCCCAGUGGAUUACAUCAGCUCUCCUUGCUCAUGGCAAAGUGCACCCAGCUGCAGCAGCUCCACCAUCGGGUCAGGCCUUGCCUAGCGGCGGAGGGCAGGAGGAGAGUGGGCAGCAGCUUCCCUGCUCUUUUCCUCCCCUGGACUGUGGCGCACGGGAGGGUGCCCUCCAUGCCUGCAUGUCUCAAGCACCGUGGGCAUAUGCUCUGCCGCUGGUGAGGUAUACCUCUCCUUCUUUCUCUCUGUUGCUCUCCAGCCCCUCUCCUUGCUGAAAUUAGACUGAGGUUACGGAUUGGGCUGUAGCUGGGCCACCCCCUUCUAAUUCUUUGUGGACAGUGGAGAACUGUGUGAGAGAGAAAAGAAUGAAUGGCGUAUAUGGAGGAAUAAUGGGUACAUGCAAAAGGAAAGGGGAGUGCAAAAGGAAAAAAGAGAGAGAAAAAAAUGGGAAUAAAAUUAAAUGAUUAGUGAAGGCAACACAGCAGAAACGGUUGAAAUGGAGAAAUGAAAAUGGAAUAAAAUAACAAGAAGACGGAAAAGGGCAGAAUUGAGAAUAGUAUUUGUGUUGCAGUGUGUACCGGUAUUUCUGUUUCUCUUGCUCAUUGUGAAUCUGUUUGGAUCCAAACAGCAGGGACCUUCCAGUGGCCUUUGUGGCUCCUGUAUGGGUUGUCCAGCCAUCAGCAGAGAUAUAGCAGAAGCUGAGCUGAGAUAGAUCAGCCUCAGUGGUUCAUUCCAUCCGUGGCUUGUUGCGUGGAAAGCUUUGCUGAGAUCUCAGAUACAAGUGAAGGGCUUCACACGCAACAGUUGCUGUUGUGCCCAGUGCGCAGAAGACAGGGAACUGCAGGCUUUCCUGGUUAUUGCCCCCAAUUUCACGUUCUGAAGUAGCAACUGCGGUUUCUAUCAAGCUAUGAGCCUCCCCUAGCAAAACCCAUCGCACAGUCUCUGCAGGCUGCUUCCUGUCCCACAUUUCUCUCUCCCUUUCCUGUAUUUCUACUGCCAAAGAGGGUGGGGAGGCUUUUCCUUUUGCCCCUGGCCUAACAAACCAUCUCCCUGCAGAUUGUGUCCAAAGGGAAGAUUGUCUCCAGUGGACAGAAGACCGUUCCUGUUAGCCAGGAUGAGAGUAAGUGAGAGAUCCAUCGGAGAAGCACCACACUUGGCCAAGCUGAUAAUGUUUGGUGGGCCUAAUCUGUGUAGUCUGGUGUGUCUUUCAAGAAUGAGGAGAUGACCACGAACUUUAGUAGCACCCAGGACAUGGUUUGAGAGUGUUGAACCAAUUGGAGACACCACUGUGCCUGGUGAACCAUCACCAAGCAAUCCUAGCACAGUCACGUUUGACUUCAAAAGAGGAAACUUUUCAAAUGUAUUAACCACUCAGCUUACAUUACGCAGCUGUCUGUCUCCCCAUCUGGUUCAACACCUCAGAUCAGGCCCAGUCUGAACUGGGGCCUUCCACGACUCCACGUUUGAUUCAGAUGUGAAACCAUAAUUAAACAUGCAGUUACCACAAGUGGGAGACUCUCACCUGCACCAUCUGCUUCCCCUGCCAACCGCGUGGUUCAUGAAGGUUGCAUGCAACUAAUUUUUACCCACUGAAAUGAAUGGACCUAAGUUAGUCAUAGCCCUUGAUUGUGGUGGGUGUACUCUGAGUAAAAGUGAAUUGAAUACAACCCUCAGGGUUUAAAGCCCAGAUUCAACAGAUGAUUGCUUGGCUACCCUCCUCCCCUGCUUUUGACAGCCCCAACAUCCAGAAUUUGUCAGGAGUCAAUGCACAUCCGAUGUCUCUCUCUCUCUCUCUCACACACACACACAUAUCCUGGACACAACUUUCUGACGCUGAGCAGAUUUAAACCUCAUAAAUGACUCCUGAGUUUUUUUUCACUUGGCAAAGAAUCUCAUUCUAAAGUGCUUGUUGCCAUACGAUUCACUGUCAGUGUCUUCCAAGUAAGGCGAAUUACCAUAGCGGACUGAUAGAUGGAAAUAGGAUUUUGUUGUUUUUUUAAAAAGAACUUGCUGUGUAGUACAGAAUGGAAUUUGUUAUUAGCAAUAAAUCAGUUAUUAGGUUGAAGACAUGAGGGUUGGAAUACUCCUGCAAUGCACAGGGGGGCUGGCUGCAUUUGGGGUGGGUCUUCUUGAUUUUCUUUGCUUUACCACCAUCUAGCAGAAGUGAGAUGCACAGGGAUGUUUUUUUUUCAUGUUGUAAGCCAUGAAUGCUCUCUCUCUCUCUCUCUUUCUCUCUCUCUCUCUCUCUCUCUCCUUUCCCCAUUCUCCCUUUCCCCUGACCCAGCUCUGAAAGGCAACUUCUCCCUCAUCUUGUCUACGAGCUCUGACCUGGCACCCACAGUGAGGCUUCUUCUGUACACUGUGUUUCUGGAUGGCGAGGUGGUGGCUGACGUGGAUCAGUUUGAGAUACAGAAGUGCUUCAAACAUAAGGUGGGUAAGGAAGCAAGUGGGGCAGGGUGAGGCCUUGCAUCCUGCAAAUCUUCAGAUCCUUUUUGCUGUUCACAAUACUCGCUCUUUCUCCACCAUCCUCCAUGACAUUCUUGCCCUGGUGCUGCCUGUUAUCCACUCUCGUCACCGCAGAUUUCCUAACUGACCAUUCCUGUUUUGUUCGCAUCCUUCCACAGGUGAAUUUGGACUUCUCUGCGGCGGAGGAGCUUCCAGGAUCAAAAGUCAGUCUGCAAAUCGAGGCUGCUCCUGGUGCUCUGUGCUCUCUCCGUGCUGUUGAUAAGAGUGUCCUCCUGAUGGAAGAUGAUACGCUGACACCAAAGAAAGUAAGAAUGCCCAUCCUUCUCAGUUAUUAUUAGUUUAUUAAAGGUAAAGGUACCCCUGCCCGUACGGGCCAGUCGUGUCCGACUCUAGGGUUGUGCGCCCAUCUCACGUUAAGAGGCCGGGGGCCAGCGCUGUCCGGAGACACUUCCGGGUCACGUGGCCAGCGUGACGAAGCUGCUCUGGCGAGCCAGCACCAGCGCAGCACACGGAAACGCCAUUUACCUUCCCGCUAUAAAGCGGUACCUAUUUAUCUACUUGCACUUAAGGUUGCUUUCGAACUGCUAGGUGGGCAGGAGCUGGGACCGAAAGACGGGAGCUCACCCUGCCGCGGGGAUUCGAACCGCCGACCAUGCGAUUGGCAAGCCCUAGGCACUGAGGUUUUACCCACAGCGCCACCCGUGUCCCUCCUAAUAAUUAGUUUAUUAUUCUUUAUUAAAUUUGUCAGUCACAUUAUCUUGCUCAGGGCAACCCAAAGCGACUCACGACCAAACAAACAGACAGCAAACUCCACAUAGAUACAUUGGGGCUGCUUAAUUAGAUUAGUGUUCCUUCCCUGUGCCCUAUUCUUUUCUUUUCAUUUUCAGGCUGAUGCAUAGGAGCCAACUCCUAGGGGCCGGGCAUCUUUGCCCAAUAAAAUUUUCGCCCAAUAAUUUUUUUGAGGGGGCCAGCCUAUUGGGAUACUGCCAGGGAGACGGAGCCAUCAGGCAGGCCUCCACGUCGUCUCUGGACGAUCACCGGUCUCCCGUGGAACAGUAUCAGUCAAUUAGCGACACGAGCCUCAGAGACAUUCCAAGACUCGUGCACACCCUUUUCAGCAGUCUCCACAACGGAAGAUUCAGACAGGAGAGCAUAUUUACAGCUUUAUUCAACGUAGAUCAGAACAAAGGAAAAACAUGACUGCCUGCCUCCGUGUUCAGGAAAACAGAAGGAACAAAAGCUGUAUACAAAACGGAAACUCCCAGUGAGCAGGAAGUAAAGAGGCAUGUGACACACCACAAUCAUCCCUGACCGACCCCCCAGUUGAUGGGCAUUGCCAUUCAAAUGGUGUGUGUGUGCGCACCAUGUCAUGUGAUCAAUUCUGUGGGGCAGGGCUUCCCAUCCCCUCCUGCCCCCAAUAUUUUAUUCAAGUUAGCACUCCUGGACUGACAGGUGGUUGGUUCCAUUAUUUAGCUUCUGCCUUUUCCCUUCCAUGUCAUGAGCUGCAGCAGAGGCCUUGGUUAUGAAUCCCAGCAGCCCUUCUGCCUUUGUAGCAUUUUAGCAACCCUUCCUUCCAUCCCUCCUCAAUUCCUCACCACACCCCAUCUUUCCAUGCUUCCGUUAUCUUUAAGGCCUUCCUUGAUACAGUGGUACCUCUGGUUAAGAAUUUAAUUCGUUCCGGAGGUUUGUUCUUAACCUGAAACUGUUCUUAACGUGAGGUACCACUUUAGCUAAUGGGGCCUCCUGCCGUCGCGCAAUUUCUCUUCUCAUCCUGAGGUAAAGUUCUUAACCUGAGGUACUACUUCUGGGUUAGUGGAGUCUGUAACCUGAAGCGUUUGUAACCCGAAGCGUUUGUAACCCGAGGUACCACUGUACAGUCCAUGCUAAGAACCUCCCAUUUUUUUUUUAUAGUAUUACCCAUGAUAUACUAUGGUGUGUAGCAUGACAGCAUUGUCAGGGACUGGGCAGAGGAAGAAUGGUGCAGACCGCCUCCCCAGCCUGACUCUUCUGCAAGCCCUGCGGAAAGAUGUCAAGUCCCGCAGGGCUCUAGUCUCUUGUGACAGAGCGUUCCACCAAGUCAGGGCCAGUACUGAAAAGGCCCUGGUCCUAGCUGAGACCAAUCUAACCACCUUGUGACUUGGGACCUCCAAAAUGUUGUCAUUUGUGGACCUUAAGGUCCUCCGCGGGGCACACCAGGAGAGGUGGUCCCGUAGGUACGUGGGUCCUAGGCCUCAUAGGGCUUUAAAGGUCAAAAUCAGGGCUUUGAGGGAGAUCACAGCUCAGAGGCAGAUGAGGGGGAAAGCUGGGAAAUAAUGGAAGAGGAGGAAGAAGAAGCACUAGAGGGGCAACAGCUGACGGACUCAGUGUCUUUAGAAAGCAUAGCAUUCCAGACCCCCUCUCUCCCAGAACAUGACGGGCCUUGAAAGUAGGAGAGCAGAGGGCAUGUCCCAGCACCGUAGAGAUGACUCGUGAGGAAGUGGGAGGGGGUGGAGAUUCACUUGGAGCAACGCCAUUAUUCCAAGAGGUCACAUUCCCAAGCCACUCUCUGUGAAUAUUGAAUAAAAGCAGAUGGUAAGGACAUUCCCUUGUCUUGUCCAAUCCUGGCAACCUGCCGUGGGGGGUUGGUUCCUCUGCUGCCUGACAAGCACAUCAUUAAGAAGGGAGACACAGUGUUGUAUUCCAUGCAGUGCAGUGCCUGAGCGGCGCAAUUGCAUUUACAAAUGAAAUACUGAUUCACAGUGGCGUAGCGUGGGUUAGCAGCUGCCAGGGCCGUGCAGAGGUGGGUGGAGGGUGGGAGGGAAACGGAAACGGACGGAGUACAUAUGCACAUUUAACUGCUUAAAGCAUCCGCAUCACCCAGGAGAUCGCAGCCAUAGAAUCGCUUUGUUGUCUGGAGACGUAACUUCCUAGUUUGCAUGGAGAAGCCAUUUGCAGUGGAGCCCAGUGACGAAAGCACGUGGCUGUAUUGAUGCAGCUCUCUGUGUUGGAAUUUUGCACCCGAAACAAAUUUUGCACCCAGGGCAACUGCCUCUGUGGCCUCCCUUUUGUCAGCAGACAAAAAGGGGCUUCAGUCUGGCUUGGGGCUCAACCAGUAUGAUUUGGCUUUAUCAACACUGAAUACAGUGGUACCUCGGGUUAAGUACUUAAUUCGUUCCGGAACCUGAAACUGUUCUUAACCUGAAGCACCACUUUAGCUAAUGGGGCCUCCCGCUGCUGCCACGCCGCCGGAGCCCGAUUUCUGUUCUCAUCCUGAAGCAAAGUUCUUAACCUGAAGCACUAUUUCUGGGUUAGCGGAGUCUGUAACCUGAAGCGUAUGUAACCUGAGGUGUAUGUAACCUGAAGUGUAUGUAACCUGAGGUACCACUGUAUAGUUACGUGUUUCCUCCCUUCCAACUCUCUGCUUUCAGGUGUUCGGUCAUUUUAGUUACGAUUACUUGUAUUUAACUUCUGGAAGAGGAUUUCCCUAUCGCUUGGAAGACUUUGAGCCAUAUCCUUGCCUGCCUCCUCUGGCUCCAAGCCAAAAGCAAAAGAGGGCCCUGAAGGUAGCCCAUUGGGCUCAGAGUGAGGCCGAUGUUUUUAGCCUGUUCAAGGUGAGUAGAAUUUGCCCCCGAGUUUAGCUUCUCCCAAAGGUGCCUUGCUCAUUUCCAUGAGAUGCACCCUACUGACCCUCCCAGUGCCCCUAUUUUCCAGGGAUGGACCCAGAUUUAAAGAAACCACGUCUGAUGGGUGGCCUUGACUCCUCUCUCUCAUCCUCUCACCCCUCUGCCCAUUGAAAUCUGCUCUAGGCAAAUAGGCAGUACUUCCUUCCCCCACGAGGGAGAAUGGGAGAACCCCAGCAGAAGCAGGGGCGGUAUCAUGACUGGGAGGGAGGUGGAACUGGUGCCAGACUGGACCACCUCCUAAUGCUGGGUCUUUCACACCUUACUUUUCCUUUUUUUUUGUAUCAUUUUUUAUUAGCUUUGCAAUGCAAAUUUACAUUCAAACACAAAAUAAAAUCAUAAAUUGUAGAAUUUUUCUGAAUUCACGGACUUCCAUUCUCUCCUCUCUGGAGUCCUCUUAUUAACAUUUUCACUGCAUAUCAUAUCUUCCUCCAGAUUUUCAUAAUACUCUAUUUAAAUCCAUAGUUCUUCUCACAUUACAAGUGUUAUUUCAACCCUGCUAAUGUUUUUAAUUGUUUACAUUGUGCUCUCAAAUAUAUUACAAACUUUCCCCAGUCUUUAUUGAAGUUUUUAUCGUCCUGGUUCCUGACUUUUCCAGUGAUUUUGGCCAUCUCUGCAUAGUCCAUCAGCUUUGUUGUCCAGUCUUCUUCUGUAGGUAUUUUGACUUCUUUCCAUCUUUGGCCUAGGACUAUCCAGGCUGCUGUCGUUGCAUACAUAAAAAGUCUUUUGUACUCCCUUGGGUUUCUCUGCACCUACUGUUCCCAAUAAAAAGGCUUCUGUUUUUUUUAAUGAAGGUUAUCUUAAACAUCUUUUUCAACUUAUUAUAUAUUAUUUACCAAUAUGCUUUUAUCUCCUUACAAGUCCACCACAUAUGAUAAAAGGUGCCCUCUUUUUCUUUGCACUUCCAACACAUAUUUGAAGCACAGUGGUACCUCGGGUUAAGAACUUGUUCUGGAGGUCUGUUCUUAACCUGAAACUGUUCUUAACCUGAGGUACCACUUUAGCUAAUGGGGCCUCCCACUGUUGCGGUGCCGCCGGAGCACAAUUUCUGUUCUCAUCCUGAAGCAAAGUUCAUAACCCAAGGUACUAUUUCUGGGUUAGUGGAGUCUGUAACCUGAAGUGUCUGUAACCUGAAGUGGUCUGUAUUCUUAUACAUCUUUGCUAAUUUACUGGGAGUCAAAUACUCACACCUCACUUUUCCACUCUCCUGGUUUCCCACAGCUUAUGCGAAUGAAAAUUUUCACCAACAUGCAAGUUAAAAAGCCUGUUUCCUGUGACCUGCCAGUAACAAGACGUUUAAAAAGUGGCUCUAAAACAGGUGAGAAUCACAGUCAUUUGCUUGUUUCGCUGCUGGAAAGUCCCCAAGUAGAGAAAUCAGUUUUUGUUGUUUCUGCCUUUCAAGGCUUUUAUUUCCACUGAUUCCUGCUGGAUCUCCCUCUCGACAUCCCAUCCCUUGAGUCAAUGGUUUCGUUGCUGGGUGCAGUGCAUCGCUGUAUCACUGCCAUCAUAAUCUCUCUCAGAAAUUUGGCCACACUGCUGCGGAUUCAUCUUUACUGAUGGACUUGAGAUCUUUUUCUCCUAUCUCCAGGCCUGCUCACAAGUGUUCAGCAUGAGAAUGUGAUUUCCGAGAAGCCUCAGGCUGUUGAUUCUACAGAAAGCAAGAAGGAAGAGAAAGCUAAACCCAGGACACACUUUCCAGAGACCUGGGUCUGGGAUUUAGUAUCAGUGAAGUAAGUGAACCGUGCUAGGGAAAGACGAUAACCGCUGAGAUGAUGCCAUCUACCUGGGAUAUCAGUAGCGGGGGUGUGGGGGUGUGGGGUGAACCCUUUGAGAUCCAAGCUCUUCUUCAAUGUAAGGAUCAGACAGAAUUAUUUUCCACAGAUCCCUGUCUGGACUAGCCUGGGCUUUCUCAUAGCCUGGAGUCUGGUUUUCCCUUGGAAAUGUAACUUCAGCCUUCAGAAAACCGAUCCAUAGUUUUGUUGUCACUGAGGGAGUGACCUCUCUUCCUGUUCUUCAGUGAGGAGGGGAAGGCAACUCACUCGGUCACUGCUCCGGACACGAUCACGGAGUGGAACGCUGAUGCCUUCUGUGUGGCUGACAUUGGCUUCGGACUCUCCCAACAAGCCAAGUUCCGGGUCUUCAAGCCGUUUUUUGUGGAUCUGAGCCUGCCGCAUUCUGUGGUCCGUGGGGAGACCUUGCUGCUAAAGUCCACUGUCUUCAAUUACAUGAAGGAAUGUAUCCAGGUUAGUGACCAUUGAGAACAAGCAAACAAGCUUCCCUUAUAUGUGUAUCCAGAAAGAAAGGGAUGGGGGGAACCCCACAAGAUAGAGAUGGAGGCUGGGGGGCUGGACUUCACCAGGGCCUUGCCCUUCCUACACCUGCACUCACCUGUCUCUCCCAAGGGACAAGUCAGAAUUUUUCCCUCCUCCCCCCACCACUCUGCAUUCAGUGUUGAGGGGACAGCUUGCAUUUCUUGCUGUGGGUGAGGAAACAGAAGCUCCACUUUGGAUGUGCCACAGAAGUGUGGACAACAGGAAGCGCAAGGCAGCCCCAUCCCCUUCAUGGCAGAAGAGGUCCAUAGAGCACAUUCCCUCCUGGGAACCUGCAGUUUUCCUCCCACAGCAACCCCUGAGUGUGCUUUAAAUGUGUGGUGUGUGCACAGCCCCAUAUGCAACACAGCCUUAUUGCUGCAAGAGGCCAGAAGAGGCCAGAAAGCCACCCAGUCUGAUCUGCUGCCAAGGCCUAGGGAUGCCCAUCUGCUGCCCCCUUCCUCUUCCCCACAGCCGCAAUCCAGGCCACCAGCUGAAGAGCUUCAUGAAGGGCUCACAGAACAACAGCCAUGAGGGGUUUGUGUGAGGAAGCCAAGCCACCCACUCGAAUCCCAAAGGUUUUUGAUUAGAGGCCUUCCUGUAAACUUUGUUGAGUGAAUAAAUCUCGCCAGUCUGAUCUGGGGUGGCAUUCCUCAUAGAUGCUAAUAUGGUGCUCCAAAAGCACGAGGAGACCCCACUCACCGAGGUCUUACUGGGCGCAGUCUACGCCCUACUCAACUUCCCAAUGUGGGGCACCCCUAGGCAUGGGGUCUGGCUCUUCCUUCUGGCAUAGGCCCAUCUCCUGUGCCUCUUCUCUGAAUGUUUGCCCCUUGCUUUGGACUCACUGCGCUGCCUGCUUCACGAGGGUCAUUUUGCUGCAUCUCCCAGGUGAGAGUGAAGCUGCUGGAGUCGCAGGAGGUGGACGUGAAGCCAUGCCCGGCCUGCCAGUUCAGCACCUGCCUCUGUGCUGAGGAGGCCCACACCUUCUCCUGGAACGUGACGGCGACUCAGCUGGGUGAGGUUGAGGCGCCUGAGUGGGUGGGAGGAGACUUGUGGGGUUGAGGCUGCCAAGGGUCCCUCUCUUUCUUCCCCAAAGACCUUGUCAUCUGAGGACCCUUGGCAGAACCAACGGAUUCUUCUGUUUGGAAGCCAACUGGGCAUUAAGUGGAAUAUGGAAAGUAAUAACAAUGCCCCCUGCUGCAUGUGCUAUGGGUUUGUUUCCUCCCCAUCCCAGAUGGUGUCCCUCCCCAAUUUCUGCUAAUGGCAGCUGUGCAUCAGGGCAGAUUUGGGGACUGGGCUACAAAGGAGAGGUUGGGGGUCCAUCUCCAUUCAAGAACCCCCUAUGCUCCGACCUCUGUCCCUUACAUCCUUCUCCAGACUGAAGGCAUGGUGGACAUGUUGGCGGAUGUGGGGCUGGACUGGGGCUCUGGCCUCCAAGCAGCCUCUUCCCCUCCCUGAGCUCCUGGCACUCAUCAUGGGUCUGUGCCAAUUUUGCCUUCCUCUAGGGCACGUCAAUCUCUCGAUCACCGCCGAGGCAGAGGAGACGCAUGAGCUGUGUGGCAAUAAGAUCUCCACCACACCUGCGCGAGGCCGGUCAGACACAGUGGUCAAAUCCCUGCUGGUCAAGGUCAGUGUCUAUGUGGCCUUCAGCCCCUGAUGUCCAACUUUGGCUCAUAGCUAUCAAGUGCCAGCAACUGAUUCAGAACUCUGGGUCUCCCCUAAACAGGUGUUGUUGUUUUUUUUAGGGGGGGGGGAGAAUUGUAUUCAUUGGGUGCUGGGCAGGAGAGGCCCUUUGGAUUUUUGCAGCGCCUCCCUGUUUCCAGGUCUAAGGCGAUGUCAGCCAGGGGCUGUGAUCAGUUGGAAGGCCUGGCAAUUGCAAGAGCUCUUACACAGAGCAGGGGAAAGGCAGAGAAGGUAGAAGGAGAGAGCAGCCCCACUCACCAUCCCAUCCUCUUUUCCUCCCACAGCCAGAAGGCGUCCUUGAAGAAGAGACCCACAAUGCAUUCCUCUGCUCUUCAGGUGUGCUUAGGCUGCAUCCCUUGCUCAGGGCAGCUUGGCUUGUGAUGGGGCCCCAGAGAACACAAGCUGGAGAGAAGAUGAAGUGUUGCUCUGCUUGUCAUUGGGCUGGAGACGUGUCUCUUCUCUAGGGCAGUAGCGGGAUGUAAAAGAGACCAAAGACACACACUCUGUCUCUCUGCUUGCCAAGGGGAGUAGGGAUGGGAUGGAGAGGUGGUGGAAUGACAGCUGAGAGAACACAGUAGCUAAAAACAGACUACUGAGCUAGCAAGCUCCUAGUCCAUUCUUCACUGUGUGCAAGUCCAAUUGCAGAUUAUGACCACUUGGUUAGUGUUUUCAACUGCAUUAAUUCCUGUUCUUCAUCUCCUUUCAGGGGACCCAGUUCACGAUGAGGUUUCCCUAAAGCUGCCUGAAACUGUUGUGGAGGGCUCUGGCCGAGCUACCGUCUCCUGCAUUGGUGAGGAAAUUUGCCCCCACAUUUCUUCCCCAUCUCUGGCCAUAUGAGAGAUCUGGAGAGGAGGAGACUUUUCUUUCCACUCCAUCAUAAUGAAAGUUACCCAUGUGCAAUUCUGGCUGCCAUUGAUUCCUUUCCUCAUAUGGUCCACGGAGCAGGAGAAAACGAGCUUGCUCCAUCUUCCAUGUGACAGCUCUUUAAGGAUUUGAAGAUGGCCACCAGACCUCCUCUCAGUCUUCUCUUAUCCAGGCUAAACAUACCCAACUCCUGCAGCCUUUCCUCAAAAGACUUGGUUUCCAGAUGAUGGUGGUGGUGGUGGUAAUGGUAAUGAUAACAAUCUUCUCAACAUCUAGGGGACAUUAUGGGCACAUCAAUACAACAUAUAGACCUUCUGAUUCAGCGACCCCUGGGCUGCGGUGAGCAGAACUUGAUGAUGUUUGUUCCUAACAUUCACAUACUCCGGUACUUGGAGAAGACCAGCCUGGCAACCCCCACCUUCAAAGAGGACGUAAUAAAGCACAUACAGAGUGGUGAGUAGGUCCUCUUUUCUCCUCAGAAUGUGGCUUAAGGCAGGUGUUCAUUGGCAAGAACUGUGCGAAUAGUAAAAGUCUGGAAGAUCACUGGCCGAAUGAGAAGGGAAGUUGAGGAGACUGUUGUGAAUUUGUUCAUGCAAAUGGAAGGUGCUCUUGAGAAGACGUUGGAAGCCUUGGAGAAAGGAAUUUCCAUUUUAUCUGUAGGAUGUAUUCAUGAUUGUUCUUCAUAGAUCAAAAAGUGUUUGCUGGGAGUGGAGAUUUCAUGGCGAAUUUGCAAUCACAAUCCAUUGUGUUUUUUGUGGGUCUUUUCCCCAUUUGAUAGAUACUGACGUAGUCCUAUAAUUACCCCAGCCCACAACCACUUUAUCCCUUCGUCCACUUUUUGGGUAUUAAUAUUUUAUUGAAGGAAUUUCAAUUAUAAAGAGGUAAAGUGAUACAGAAAAAAGAAAAACAAGGAAAGGGGAAAAGGGGGAAAUGAUUCAAAGUUUUAUGAGCAGGAAACAAAUAAUGAUACCUCUAUUUAGUUGAAUAGCAUCAUGUGCAUGUCCAGCAUGGGAUUAUCUUCCUACUAAAUUAAAAUAACUCUAAACAGACCUAAAAUCAGAGAUCUCUCUCUCCCCACAGCCUCCAUUACAGCCUGGAGCUGUUUUCUCUUUAUGAGCUCUAUGUAGUAUAAACAGCCAAAUAUAACCAGUCAAAUCUUUCACUGCAAAUGCCUCAUAGACACUUAAUACAAGGUUUGCCCUAACAAAACCUUGCCUGUGCGGCGCAUGAUGUCUUUUCGGCACCGGAAGAACACUUCUUUCUAUUUUGUUUUCCCAGGCCUAUGUAACUGGUUUAUGAUCAUCUUCCCACUGCUGAAGUCCUACAUUGUUUUCUGUGCUGAUUGUUGUUUGGUUUUAACUUCGUCCGCCACUUAGUCAGGUGGUUUUUAAAAAACUGUAAAUCCCUUAAAUAUAUAAGCGGGUAAAAUCAGGGUCCCUCCUAGCAUUGCCAGUGCUACUUUGUUCUUCUCUUCUGCCAGGGUAUCAACGCCAGCUGCUCUACAAGCGCGAUAACGGCUCUUACAGUGCCUUUGGGAUGCAUGAUGCUGAGGGGAAUACUUGGUGAGUUAGCAGCAGAGCUAGAACCAGCCGGCCCAAGCUGUCAGGGUGGCCAUUCAGGCUGAGCAAUUUGCUGUCAUGAGCAAUUGGAGAAGGAGGUGAUACAGGCAACCCUGCAGCCUGCAAUCUGCCAGCCCUUGUUCCCAGUUAGCACCUUUUUUGGUCUCAGGGUGAUGUUGCUUGUUAAAGAGGCAGAAGCCUACCAUCAAUCUGUGGGUGGGUGGGUGGUGGUCUUGGGUGUCCCCUAAGAGGCAAAAUCAAACUACUACUACUUCUGGAAUCAGGUGGAAUGGGAAUUAAAAUUGAGGUUUAGUGUAGCAUUUUAUUGUGUAGCAUUGCCUAACCUUAUGACCAACAUGUUUCUUCUUCUUCUUCUUCUUCUUCUCUUCUUCUUCUAUUAUUAUUAUUAUUAUUAUUAUUAUUAUUAAUUCCAUCUCUAUACCACUUUAAAUUUUAAAGAAAAAAUCUCCAAACGCUCCAUUAACACAUGAAACAAAACAAUCCAGAAUAAAACAAUUUAAAGCUUCAAGGAAACUAUUUCCUUCUCUAAGUGACAUUUUGCUUUCCCCACAUUGAUUUACCUAUUUAAUUUAAGUCAGUGCCAUGCUGGAAGGAAGUCCCCAUGCAACAUCAGUUAGUAGUUUUCUCCUUACGGCUUCUGUCACUUUUGUUGUUUUCUGUUCAGUGCUGCAGGAGAAAAGCUGAGAUGAAAAAUAGUGGGGCAUGAUCCCUUGUAGUUCAGAAGCUGAGUUGCCCCUCAUUUUUAAAUUUAUUCUUGCUUCAAUCCUAAAGGCUGACGGCUGCUGUGGUUAAGGGUUUUGGCCAUGCCAAGACUUAUGUCUAUGUUGAUGAGAAGCACAUUCAGGAUGCUGUGCGCUGGUUGGGGCAGCACCAACUUCCCAGUGGCUGCUUUGAAAGUGUGGGAAGAGUCUUCAACAAUGCCAUAAAGGUACCUUCACUGAGCAUUCAUUUGCUUGCGGGGAGGUUAUACAACAUGAGAUCAAGCAAUUGCUAUCCCACACUUCCCAAUGUAUUUUCCUGUUACUUUCCUGAUCACGAAAGGUCCAGUUUGGGGAGAGGUGGGGAGCAGCUUUGCUGUCUCGAAACUAAUUCAAUCGCACAACUUCCAUUUUUCUGGUAUGUCAUGGAAUCCCACUCAAAACAGUGGGAGUCUGGAAGCGCCUUGACUUUUCUCUUGUGUUUCCCCUGACAUCCUUAGGGUGGCGUGGAUGAUGAGAUUUCACUAACAGCUUACGUUGCUGCCUCACUGAUGGAGCUCAACAUGAAGGAGAAUGUAAGUCCUUCCUUAGGAUUUCCACAAGUUUUUGUGAGCUCCCCAUCAAUCCUUGUACAACUCAAAGCUCAGGGCAGAACUACCAGCUCAGUAUUUGCACUAUUUCUAAGGCUUUGUUAGCAUUUGGGUCCAUGCCCCAUAUCGCUACCCCAUGAAGCAUCUGGGAAACCACUUUACUGGCAAAGAUUUUCAACACAGGUUCUAGUAACUGGCCACCCAGCCUGUCUGGUGUGCCUUCAGCUUGUCUGGAUGGAGAGACAUGCCUCAAACUGUAGUCAUGAUGCCUCUUGAUGCUUCUGUAGAAGCCUGGCUUUGCAUGCCUCAAAUGUAGCCAUACAAGCUCCAUUGCUCUGUCCAGUUUUUGCCUCUGGCCCUGAACACUACUGGCAGGUUGUCCGUGAGGGAAUGCAGCCCUCAAGUUGGGGGGGGGGGAAACGUCUCUGACCCCAGUUUGUAGGAUGGUGGUACUGGUAGAUAAUGGGCACAAAAUGACCACAUCUGCAACAGAUGUGCCAUAAAAUGCUACUCUUUGCUGAGUCAUUGGUAUGUGCUUAUGUUCAGCUUGUGUCCAGAUGCUGGAAGGGAAUUCCUUGUAGCCUGGAAGUCUCUGCAAAAGAGGGCAGGAGUACAUGAUCUCCACCUUCUGUCCAUCUAAGAAACACCAGGGAGAUGUCUGACCUGAUAAUUAUACAGCAGUACCUCAGUUUUUGGACAUCUCCGUUGCCGAACUUUUCUGUUUUCGAACGCUGAAAACCCAGAAGUAAAUGCUUCCAUUUUCGAACGCGCCUCAGAGGUUGAAUGGCUUCCACUGUGUGUAUCUGUUGUUUCCCCACAAUUUUCUCUAUUGAUUUGGCAGACUGCCCUUUGCGCCUCAGUUUUUGAACGUUUCAGAAGUCGAACGGUCUUCCGGAAUGGAUUACGUUUGAAAACCGAGGUUCCACUGUACAAUGGUACCUCGGGUUAAGUACUUAAUUCGUUCUGGAGGUCUGUUCUUAAUCUGAAACUGUUCUUAACCUGAAGCACCACUUUAGCUAAUGGGGCCUCCUGCUGCCACCGCGCCGCCGAAGCACAAUUUCUGUUCUCAUCCUGAAGCAAAGUUCUUAACCUGAGGUACUAUUUCUGGAUUAGUGGAGUCUGUAACCUGAAGCAUAUGUAACCUGAAGCGUACGUAACCCGAGGUACCACUGUAUAUCCUUCCACUAUAGCUCUCAUGGCCUUCCCUGUGGAUUCCUGGGGAACUAUACUUUGGUGAGAAGACCCCCAGGACCUCCUAAGAGAAGUGCAGUUCUCCCACUCAGCAACCUAACAGAGUCUUUUUAAAAUUGUGUUAAAGCGUACAAUGGUAGAUGAUGCCUUGGGCUGCCUGAAGAGGAACUUGAGUUCUGUGGACGAUGCCUACCCCAAGGCCUUGCUGGCUUACGUCUUCACAUUGUCUGGGGACACAGAGAUACGGCAGAACCUACUGAAAGACUUGCGCGAAGGGGCUGACAAAACAGGUAGGAGGGGUUCAUUCAGAGCAAAGGAAGGCUAUGUGCCCAUUAACUGACCUAAAAUGCAGCAAGGUUGUGCUCUUUCUCACCAUGGACAGGAUUUGAUCUUGGUGGGGAACUAGCAGGGGGAGUGCAGUGCAUGCAGAGAAGACAGGCGUGUGUACACAGCCCUUGUUCCAGAGACGGCUGUUUUGCCACAUCUGGAGUAGCAACUUUUUCUGCUUAGGCUAUUGGGGUAAAUUCUGAGUUCCCCAGUAGUUUCUAUUAUUUCUAAACAAACGUGUCAGUUCAGGUAGUCCUUUGGUGACCCAGAAUGAAUUAUCCACAAUUACUGUGAUGAUAGAAGCAUUUCAGAGUGCUUUCAUAUGUUUCCAACUCUUCGUCUUGUUUAUCUGUAAGGGCAGUCUUCUGAGACCUACCACUAUUAUUCCCAUUUUACAGAUAGCGAUGUAAGCCAUAAUAAUAAUAAUAAUAAUAAUAAUAAUAAUAAUAAUAAUAUAUAGAGAACAACCACUCUGGGCGGCUUCCAAGAAAUAUUAAAAUACUGUAAUAUAUCAAACAUUAAAAGCCUCCCUAAACAGGGCUGCCUUCAGAUGUCUUCUAAAAGUCUGGUAGUUGUUGUUCUCUUUGACAUCUGGUGGGAGCACUUUCCACAGGGAGGGCGCCACUACCGAGAAGGCCCUCUGCCUGGUUCCCUGUAACUUGGCUUCUCGCAGUGAGGGAACUGCCAGAAGGCCCUCGGUGCUGGACCUCAGUGUCCGGGUAGAACGAUGGGGAUGGAGACGCUCCUUCAGAUAUACUGGAUCAAGGCUGUUUAGGGCUUUAAAGGCCAGCACCAACACUUUGAAUUGUGCUCGGAAACGUACUGGGAGCCAAUGUAGGUCUUUCAAGACCGGUGUUAUAUGGUCUCGGCGGCCGCUCCCAGUCACCAGUCUAGCUGCCACAUUCUGGAUUAGUUGUAGUUUCCGGGUCACCUUCAAAGGUAGCCCCACGUAGAGCGCAUUGCAGUAGUCCAAGCGGGAGAUAACCAGAGCAUGCACCACUCUUGCGAGGCAGUCCGCAGGCAGGUAGGGUCUCAGUAAACAGCUGCCCUGGACACAGAUUUGACCUGUGCCUCCAUGGACAGCUGUGAGUCCAAAAUGACUCCCAGGCUGCACACCUGGUCCUUCAGGGGCACUGUUACCCCAUUCAGGACCAGGGAAUCCUCCACACCUGCCCGCCUCCUGUCCCCCCAGAACAGUACUUCUGUCUUAUCAGGAUUCAACUUCAAUCUGUUAGCCGCCAUCCACCCUCCAACCGCCUCCAGACACUCACACAGGACCUUCACCGCCUUCACUGGUUCUGAUUUAAAAGAGAGGUAGAGCUGGGUAUCAUCCGCAUACUGAUGAACACCCAGCCCAACCCCCCUGAUGAUCUCUCCCAGCGGCUGCAUGUAGAUGUUAAAAAGCAUGGGGGAGAGGACAGAACCCUGAGGCACCCCACAAGUGAGAGCCCAGGGGUCUGAACACUCAUCCCCCACCACCACUUUCUGAACACGGCCCAGAAGGAAGGAGCGGAACCACUGUAUGACAGUGCCCCCAGCUCCCAGCCCUUCAAGACGGUCCAGAAGGAUGUUAUGGUUGAUGGUAUCAAACGCCGCUGACAGAUCCAGCAGAACUAGGAAACAGCUCUCAACUUUGUCCCUAGCCUGCCGGAGAUCAUCAACCAGUGCGACCAAGGCAGUUUCAGUCCCAUGAUGAGGCCUGAAUCCCGACUGGAAGGGAUCCAAAUGGCGUGCCUGGAGUUGUUCAGCAACCACUCGCUCAAUCACCUUGCCCAAGAAUGGAAGAUUUGAGACUGGGCGAUAGUUGGCCAUCGUGGCCGCAUCUAAAGAUGGUUUUUUAAGAAGCGGUUUAAUAACCGCCUCUUUCAGCGGGUCUGGGAAGGCUCCCUCAUGGAGGGAAGCAUUCACCACCCCACGAAGCCCAUCGCCCAGCCCUUCCCGGCUAGCUUUUAUAAGCCAGGAUGGGCAAGUAUCAAGGAGACAGGUGGUUGGUUUCACUCGUCCAAGCAGCCUGUCCACAUCCUCGGAGGUAACAGAUUGGAAUUGAUCCCACACAACUUGACUAGACAGGACUCUAGCACUCUCCCGCCCCUGCCCUGCUCCCACGGUGGAGUCUACCUCUUUCCGAAUCUGAGCAACUUUAUCUGCAAAAAACUUUGCAAAAUCAUUGCAGGAGAUCAUGUGGCCCAUACUUGGCCCCGAUGGAGCAGGUGGUUCCGCUAAAUUGCGAACCACCUGAAAAAGUCUCCUGCUGCUGUUUUCUGCAGAUGCAAUAGAGGCAGUGAAGAAAGUCUUCUUCGCUAUCGCUACCGCCACUUGGUAGGCUUGACAUUGGGCCCUAACCCGUGUCCGGUCAGCUUCAGAAUGAGUUUUCCACCACCGGCGCUCUAGCCGUCUCAACGAUUGUUUCAUUGCCCUCAGAUCCGUGGAGAACCACGGGGCUGUCCGGGCUCCAUGCAAACGGAGAGGGCGCUUCGGAGCCAAACAGUCAAUAGCCCUGGUUAACUCCACAUUCCAGUGGGCCACCAGGGAAUCAGCUGAAAGGCCAUCAACAUGGGAUAAAGCAUCCCCUACCACUCUCUGGAAGCCAUUUGGAUCCAUUAAGUGGCGGGGGCGGACCAUCCGAAUCGGUCCCACCUCCCUGCAGAGGGGAUGGGUCACGGAGAAGUCCAGUCACACCAGGAAGUGAUCUGACCAUGGCACUUCUUUCGUUUCGCUUUUACUUAGUGUCAGAUCACCAACAUCCAUAGAGGUAAACACCAGGUCCAAGGCAUGUCCGCGGCAAUGGGUUGGGCCAAACUUAUUCAGGGACAGCCCCAUGGAGGCCAUGCUUUCCACGAAGUCCCGAGCGGCCCCUUGUAAGGUCGUGUCGGCAUGGAUGUUAAAAUCCCCUAAGACAACCAAACUAGGUGUCUCCAGCCAUGACCUGAAGCAGCUCGGGCAGGGAAUCCUUGGUGCAGCAGGGAGGUCGGUACACCAAAAGGAAUCCUGUACUGCCCCUAUUGCCCAACUUCCAGAACAUGCACUCAGAGAACUGGGUCUUCCUAAUAGGACGCCUAGUGCAAACUAAUGACUUCCUAAAAAUCACUGCAACCCCCCCUCCCCGCCUACAAGGCCUGGGUUGCUGUGCGUAAGAGAAACCUGGUGGACAAGCAGCGGCAAGGACAGGCCCAUCUGCUUCAUCCAUCCAAGUCUCUGUUACACAUGCCAGGUCAAGUCCUCCAUCCAUGAUCAAGUCAUGGAUACCAGUGGUCUUAUGAAUCAUUGACCUGGCAUUGCACAGCAGCACCUUCAAGUCAUGUGGGUAUCCCUUGCUGAUUCUAGUAUCCGUCCGGUUAGGACCAGACCCGGAGGCAGGGAUAGUCCUCAAACAACGACUAAACCUGCCUCCUCUGUAAUGACAUGGUCUGGUCUUAGCGUAACUCCUUCUCCUACCUGUGAUCACUGAGAUCGGUUGUCCCAGCGCAUCCCCCUCUGUGGAACAUGCCCCAGUCAUUUUGUUGGCUGGGACCCACUCCCCGGCAGCCCUGACCCCUCCCCUUAAGAACAAAAUAAAACCUUAAAAAUAAACAAAAACCCAAUAAAACAAUACAAACAAAAAAACUGUAAAAGUUACAAAACAUCAAAAUCAAACAAAUUCCCAAGCCCAACCAAACAUCCAUCCCACCCCCACUCCCCCACAUACAAAAAAAGCAAAAGAAAAAUUUAAAAACAUUUUAAAAAGAACUCUGCGCCCCUCCGAGUCCUCCUGGACAGCAGCAGCAGUAACAGCAACCGUCCUUGUGAGGCUUCAGGCCCCGCCCUGGGCCAGGUGGUGAGUGGCAGGAGCAGGGCCCUCAGGCACUCACACAGGGGAGUCCUCCUGGGCAGCAAAGCAGUUCUUUUAAGGCUUCAGGUCCCGCCCUAGGCCAGAUGGUGAGUGGCAAUAGCAGGGCCCUCAGGCACUCACACAGGGGAGUACCCCUUUCCAGCCUCCUUACAAAGAUAUCUUUCUGCUGGGGUUUGGGACUAGACUCAAGGUGUGGUGCCCUGCCCAACAUGACUCACUGCAGAGAACAAGUCUGAAUGACCUCUGGGCCUAACUACACUUGACGCAACAACCCGGCAAUCCCACUGCUUAGUUUUUUGAAAAGGAUGGGGAAGUAUAAGUCUUCUCUCCAUAGCGGCCAUCUCAGUAAAAAUCACAUCUGCAUGCAGCUGUGACAAUUUGCGCCAGGAAAAGCCUCCAUUGGGGUCAACAGGAGCCUUCCCCCCAGUGCUAAUUGCUGUACUGUGUAUAUGGAGAAGAUUCAAUAUUUACUGAGCUGGUGGCUGGGAUGAUUAGACUUUAAAUCUCUGCUCCCAUCCCUGGUGCCUGGAAUGAAUGAAUCCAAGGGGGCAGCCUAGUAAUGCAAAAUAAAUAAAUGAAUGAACGAAUGAAUGAAUGAAUGAAUGAAGGCUUAGUAGCAUCAGCAGUUCCCACUCCAAUUAUUGCUCUGGGUUAUUAUUACAGGAGUUGAAAUGAGCCCACCUUCUUUUCUUUCCCCUCUAUAGAUGGAAUUGUAUCCUUGUCAGAUGUAGAAACAACAGCCUACUAUCUGCUGUCUCUCCUCAGCACAGCUGAGGUGUCCACAGAUGUCCUCAACCAUGCCUCUGAAGUUGUGCCUUCUCUCACCAGCCUACAGGGUCUUUAUGGAGGACUUUCAUCCUCACAGGUAGCGACAGCUGUUUCUCAAGGGAAGAGGUGUGGCAGGGUACCAAAUUUCCGUAUUUGGGUGUGCCAAAUGCAGGGAUGACUCCAGAACAAAAACUAGCUUGGGGGGAGCAAAGAGAUGGGAAGGAUUAAAGGAGGAAAGAUUUAAUCCACCUGAAUAUACUCUGCCAAAAAGUUAGAGGGAGUAUUUAGGGGGAGUGCCCACUGUCCCUUGCUAUUGCUUGCAGUCAUCCCUGGGUAUUCACCUUGAAAUGCACAUUCUAGCACAGGGCUGGUGUUUAAGUGGAGUGAAAAUUAUCGGCCACUCGAAAAUCAUCGUUUGAGGUUUCCUAUGUUCAAUGGCUGCAGUGGUGUGGCAGGAUGAGGGACAAAAGGAGUUAUUGUUUAUAAGAUCUCGGUAAGUGUUAAAAUUUGUCUCCUGGAUCUCCACCCCACCAUCCAAGACGACUGUUUGCUUUCCCCAGAACACAGUGAUUGCCCUGCAGGCUUUAUCCAAGUAUGCAGCCUUGACCUAUCGUGAGGCAGAAGAUGUGAAGGUGCUGGUGAAAUCCAGUGGGGGUUUCCAGCACGAGUUCCACGUGGGCAAGAAGAACCGGCUGGUGUUGCAACAGGCCCCUCUUGCAGAGAUUCCUGGUCAAUACAAGCUGGAGGUGUCAGGGAACGGCUGUGCCUAUGUGCAGGUAAGCCAUGGAAAUCUCAGGGGACAAAGGCACAAACAAGGCUCACCUUUGAUCCACGGGGAGCAGGAUAGAAGCAACAGACUGAGGCACUUUUCAGAUUGUCACAGAGGAAGGAGAGGCGGGGGUCGUGUCUCAGAUCCUGAGCAGUCCUGAGAAAAUGAAAAGAGCAUUCGUGUUCAUCGUGCUCCACAGCAGGAUAGCUGGGUAACAUCCAGUGAAACAUACUGACUGUUGCAAGUUUGAAGGGAAAGGCAAUUCCUUAGCACAGAUUCAGCAGAUGGUGGUUCUUGCCAUGGGAUGUUAAUAACGUCAGUAACAGAAAUAAUUAGAUAAAUAAAUGGGAGUAUAAGUUGGCCAACAGUUAAUAGCUAGGAUAGGGCAGAGUUCCAACAGAGUUCCUGGUGAAAACAAUGUGAUGGAACACUCAUUGAGUGGCCCAUAUUGUAUAUCAUCAUCACAAUCAUUAUCAGAUUUUAUUGGUCAGCCAAAUAUGGGUUAUAGCCCAAAACAAACAAACAAACAAACAAACAACAGAGAGGUCUUAAAAACAUAUUACAGUGGUACCUUGGUUCUCAAACUUAAUCCAUUCCGUAAGUCCGUUCCAAAAUCAAAGCGUUCCAAAACCAAGGUGCGCUUUCCCAUAGAAAGUAAUGCAAAAUGGAUUAAUCAGUUCCAGACUUUUAAAAACAACCCCUAAAACAGCAAUUUAACAUGAGCUUUACUAUUUAACGUUUGAAAACCAAAACACUUACUUCCAGGUUUUCGGCGUUUGGGAACCAAGGCAUUUGAGUACCAAGGUACCACUGUAUAGCGCACAUGAUGAAAGAUAAGAUAAGAUAAACUUUAUUCGCAUUAGCCAACGGCCAUGGCAACAUAAAACAAGCAAUAUAUACAAAUAAAAAGACAGUGAUGUGUAAAGAGGGCAAUAAAAUGAGCAAGGUUAUCGUUCAGAUAGUGGCCCUUAUUGAUGAAAGCAUUAUAAUACACAUCACAGAAGAUGCCAGAAGUCAGCCCAGAAUACAGCAGUUUUCUUCCCCACGUAGACUACUCUUCGAUACCACAAAGAGCCUCCACCGUCGGAAGCUUUUGCUCUGAGUGUAGAGACAUCACCAGAGGAAUGCAACCAGACUACCAGGAAAUAUUUUGAUGUUCAUGUACAAGUCAGGUACUGUACUUCUGCUAAGCUGCUUCUGAAGGGGCUCCAAAAAUCACAUCUCUGGUGAAGCAGCUUGUGAAGCUUUGAGAACAUGUGAAUAGUUGCAUGCAAAAAUAUGUUCUGCCUAUUUACAACAUAUUUGCAAAAUAAUAAUAAUAAUAAAAUAAAAAAUUCUGCCUCCCAGCUCACCCCAUGCUGGAGUUCCCCUGGAGCUGGGUUCAGAAUCAUGAGCUCUGUCUAAGCUAAUAGGGCUGCCCACUUGUCAAAAUCCCUUAUACUGGUACUCGCAAUGGAAUGGAGACUUAUAAGGGAAAGGAGGGAGGGAAAGACUAGCAAAGGCUUUUGCAAGCCUUCUCGCUCUUUGCUUUUAAGUCCCUGAGCCUGAGAAUUUGGAAGGGAAGGGGGGGACACUUGCGAAGAACAGGAAUGGAGGCGGUAGCAUGUAUGCCUGAGGCCAUGCAUCUUCUGAGGUCUGCUCUUUCAAUUUAGGCCCCAGGCUGAAUGGAAGCAAGGGGAAGGCUCUGGAGUGAUGGGCCUCUGCUUGCUGGUCACAGCCCCCCAGGCUGAGAGGAGCACUCUGCUCUGAUGGCUGUCUCAGCAGCAAGCUGGGUAAUGAGUCUCAUCAGCAAUCACCUCAGGGUGGCCCUGCCACGAGCGAGACAUUGAUUAAACCCAUCCUCCAGGCUGCUCACUUGUGAGGCAGUGGGGAAGGAAGUUCACUACAGUGGUACCUUGGUUGUCGAAUCUAAUCCCUUCUGGGAGUCCAUUUGACUCCUGGAGCCAUUCAAAAACCAAGGCCCGGCUCCCGAUUGGCUGCAGGAGCUUCCUGCACUCAAUUGGAAGCCACAGAAGCCAUGUUCAGCUUCCAAACAACAUUCAAAAAUCCGGACACUUCAGGAGCCAAAACGUACAAGUACCAAGGUGUUUGAGAACCAAGGUAUGACUGUACUGGAUCCAAAUCUCCCCAGAUGAUUUUUCAGCUGCCACUCUUUCCCUUUCUCCCGUUAGCUACACAGGGGGGCGCAAUGAAACCAACAUGGUCCUGAUAGAGGUGCAUAUGCCGUCUGGGUAUAUCCCUGUGAAGAAGUCUGCGAAGCAGGUAAGACCAUUUGGCUUGGCUUCUCCCCAUCUUUCAGUAAUCCUUUUGUUUUAGUUGUUUCGUCCCACGACACUGCUGUGUAGUCAUUCAGAACGGCUUCUAUAAGGCAAAAGCAAAAUUAAGAUCCACAAGCAACAGUAAGAACUGAAGAAUGAAAUUAAGAUGUCUGAAAAACAGCUUAAGCUGUUAGCAGAGCAUUUCAGGAGAGAUCUUGGCUCCUGAGGGUCCAUUUUCAGGAAGAGACACAAGCUCCAUCCAUCUCUCUUCAUCCCUCCUCCCUUGCCCAGCUCCCAGGGUCUAAUUCUCAGACUCCAUCCCCACUUGCCCAGCCUCCUCCUCCUAAACCAGCUGAUCUCCAGUUCUCAGGCACAUCCUUCUCCCCGGGUCCUUCCACGUAUUUCAUUCUCUUCUCUGUUCUUCUUUCGGAAUCAGGCAAUGAGGUAGACUGUCUGGAUGUGCAGAGGGCAGUGUGUUUGUACCACUUCCCUGCUUUUGCUUGCUUGCUUGCUUGACGUGUGUCUUUGUGUGCAUCUGUUUUAGGUAAAAUUGUAUAUGUAUUUUUACUAUCCUCUCUUAACAAAUCACGUUCUUUCCGGAUGUGCUGCUGCUGCUGCACUGCAUAAUAUACAACAUGGAAUUUAUCCACCAACAACACCUAUCUGAUCAGUGCAAAACUUCUUUGCUGGGUUGUUUCCUACAACUCUUGUUGCAAAUGAAUGGAAGGGCAUUGGCCUUGAACCCAGGCCCAAGAAGGCGAGUGUUUGGCCUUGUCCUUCUGAAGGUGGGAUGGCGGGAGAAAUGCCCAAAGCCCAGAUUUCCCACAGGUUCUGUGGCCCACUCCUCUCCCCAAGUAGCCAAUCCUGACAAAGAUGUGGACAGAAUUAAGGUGUCUGGUGACAAUCCGCUGCUACGUGUCCCCGCAAUUGAAAGUGACACUGAGCCCCUAUUUUUCUAGGUGUGGGAAGUUCCACAUUUCAAACAGUGCCCUGUUCCUGUAUGAAGCAUGUUAUAAAGUGUCCCGUGUACUCAUAUUUAUCCUUAUUUUCUCUUUUGUAUAUCGUAUAUGUAUCAUAUUCUGCAGUAAGGUGUCUCAGAAUGCUGAACCUUCUAGUCAUUUUCUGUGCAACAAUUGUGAGGAUCUAUAAAACUGUUGUCCUUGUUUUGUACGAGCCCACGUUUUAUGGGAUGGCAGCCCACCAGUGGUGGCCUAGGGCUGCUGGCUUGAUUUGUUCAUUCACAGAGCCCAUUUCUUCCAUAUUCUGACAGCUCCUAAUGAAGCCCCUCGUCAAAAAGGUGGAGUUUGAGCCUGACAAGAUCCACAUCUACCUGGAUCAGGUGAGGCCUACUCAGAUCUCUAUCAGAUUGACAAAGAUCAGGGAUAUGUGGAAGGGGUUCUGGGGUAAUGCCCCACCUUUGAGUCAGGCAAGGAGGGCAUGGAAGUAAGGACCAAAGCAAAGCCCGCCCUAGCUGGGAGACCUUUCCUUACUCCCUCUUUUUCCUUAAGCCAGAAGAAGUGUCCUGGGGAACUCAAAAACUUGCCUAUCAGAGGGCUCAUCCACACUUCUGCUUGCCCCGUGCCUAGAAAGUACAGUUCUGAGCAGUUUUCUGCUUGUCUUCUGCUAAUAAUAAUAAUAAUAAUAAUAAUAAUAAUAAUAAUAAUAAUUUAUUGAUAUCCCGCCCAACUGGCUGGGUUUCCCCAGCCACUCUGGGCGGCUCCCAACAGAAUAUUUAAAACACGAUAAAACAUCAAAUAUUAAAAACGUCCCUAGACAGGGUUGCCUUCAGAUGUCUUCUAAAAGUUAGGUAGUUGUUGAUUUCCUUGACAUCUGAUGGGAGAGCGUUCCACAGGUAGGGUGCCACUACUGAGAAGGCCCUGCAGCUGGUUCCCUGUAACCUCACUUUCCGCAGGGAGGGAACCACCAGAAGGUCCUCAGAGCUGGACCUCAGUGUCCGGGCUGAAGGAUGGGGGUGGAGAUGUGGAUUCGAGCAGCUUUCCCCUGGAAAACCUGUUUUUUGCCGCUAAGUCAGAGCGACCAUCAAGCCAUGGAAAACCCGAUUGCUAUUUGGUCUGAUUCAGCGGUAAACCCCAGAUUUCUUUGGGGGCAAAAGCAGUGGGGCAAAUGGACGUGUGGACGAGCCCACAUUGUAGUUGAUCCUAAUUAGAUUUGUUUGCCACCCCUCCCCUUCUGAUGGACGAACACACUUCCCGCCAUGUUUAUCUCCUACCCCUCUUUCCUGUCUUCAGCUGGAUAGCGAAGUUCAAAACUACAGUGUGUCUGUGGAACAAGAAACAGAAGUGAUGGAUCUAAAGCCAGCAAUAGUAAAAGUGUAUGAUUAUUACCAUCCAGGUAAGCAUCUCAUUGCUGGAAAUGGGUACCAUUCAUCACAAAGUGCAUUUAUAGAUCACCACAAUCCUGCCUGUCUCCCAAUCCCCUUCUCCCUAAGCAUACGCGCUCCAAAGAACUCUGCCAGAGACAUUCAGGAACCCUUCAUUGCGAUCCUUCUGUCUGUUUUCAUGCCAAGUGUCUGCAUGUGUGAAGUCAUGCUAGUUGGACUUCUCCACACUUACCUUUGCCAAGGGUGGUGGUGGUGGGUUCUGCCAGGGCGAUUGCCCUGGGUGCAUCGGGGUAGGGGAGAGCGCUACUCACGCUGCCAUCCCUGAGCCAUCCCUGCACUGUGUUGUGAUCUGAACGGAUCCCAGCCUCGCAACACGGCUUGGGGAGGGCGGCGUGAGAAGGAUUUCAGCAGCCGUACACCCUUCAAUCCCAGCUGUCAGGCGUGGAGAGUCCUCCCCUCCCUUUGAUAACUUCACAGAUCAGAAUUAACCAGCAGCUGAUAAAUUUAUAGUCCUUUUAUUACAGCGUCAUGUUGCCAGCACAAAUGCACAGCUCUCCGCAAGGAGAACAGUUGCCUAAUCUAAUCAUCCUUCUGGCUCCCGCAGCAUUUUGGGCGCCAAUGAGAAGUUCCUCCCUCCCUCUGACUCCUUUGUUCUCUGAUACGUUCAGACCUCCAAGUCCAUGAGGAGGGGAGCCCUCCACGCUCUCAAGAGAUUUCUCAGCUAGCUGCCCCCUCCUUUCUGUUCUGUCGUCAUUAUCUCGUAACUGGGUAACUCCCCCCCUAAGCUGUUCAGCUUCUCUCUCUCUCUCUCUGAACAUGCUGUGGGCAAGGGGGCGAGCACGCAGUUCUUCCCCCUCCAGCUCUCCAUCAGAGAGAAGCUGGUCUGCCAUGGAAUGCAUUCCCCAGUCCUCAUCUUCAGACCAUUCCCUGACACCAGCCCCUUGAGGGCGAGGCUGGGGUGGAAGGGUGCAUUGUGUCCUUCUCACACCGCCCUCCCUGAGUGGGAUUCCGCAACAGGGAUGAGGAACUUGUGGACACAGAAUCAUAGAAUUGUAAAGUUGGAAGGGACCCCGAGUGUCAUCUAAACCAACCCUCUGCAAUGCAGGAAUCUCUUGGCCAACGUGAGGCUCAAAGCCAUGACCCUGGGAUUAGGAGUCUCAUGUUCUACCGACUGAGCUAUCCUUCAGGUCCUCCAGAUGUCAUGGGACUCCAACUCCCAUGUGCUCUCGCCAGCACGGCCAAUUGUCAGGGAUGAUGGGAGUUGUAGUUCAGAAACUUUUGGAGGACCCUGACUUCCUGCUAAUGGGGGUGGGAGAGAGAUUUGCUCUGGGGCUCGAUCUCUGUCUCAUGAAUUGUUCUCUCUCAUACACAGAAGACAGCGCGGAAGUUGAAUAUAACGCUCCCUGCAGCACAGGUAAGGAUGGAACGAGGCUUGGGCACAUGUCAGAAAGGAGAGUCACAUAAUGCUCAUAGUGGCCGCUGGUGAGCUUUAGGUGGAAUUGUGCAGGCAUCCACUGUGCAAGGAGAACUCCCCUCCCUCCACAUCAUGAUGGGUGGCUGGCCUGGACCCACAAUGCUUAAUAUAUUAUGCCUUAUUUUCUUCGUAUUUCUUCCCACAGAGAGCACAAAGAAAGACCACCACUAGCUCUGCAUCCGAGACGUGAAGCAAACCCAGAUGAACAGCACAAUUGCUGCAGGAGAUCUCCCAUCUUAGGGCAUUGUUUUGAGUCUGCUUUGUUAGGUCAUGUACAGAUUAUGUCUUGGCUCCAAAGAUCACUGUGUGCAAGCACAAAAGCACUUCUUCUUCUUCUUCUAAUUUUUUAUUAUUUUAUUCACAUAAUAUACAUUCUUUACAACAGACAACUCCAAAAUAAAAUCAUAUAUAGCAAAACCAUAAGUCUCAUGUUUUCAUUUACACUGAUCUCCUUUCCAAUACCUUUACUUGAUAUUUCUUGCUGCUUCCUGCUUUCCUUAUAGAAUCUUUAUGGAAAUUUAAAUCUCUUAAAUCCUAUACCAAUCUUUAACAAUUUCAAUUAAUCCCUUCAUCUCCCUCCCCCACAACCCAGUACUUCACCCGUGUGCGAUCUUCUUUGCCUACUAUUAAUUUUGUUAUUGUUGCGUUACUCAUUUUAUUUGUUAUUCCAUCCUUAAUAUAAUAUUAUCCUAUCUCCUUGUGCCUUUUAAACUUUUAAAGAAUAGCACUUCUGUUAAGUUGUGGGUGAACAUAUCAGACUACACAGCGAUUCUUCAAA